AUGGGGCUAUGGUGCUAUGGUGCUCUGGGGCUAUGGGCUAUGGUGCUCUGGGGCUAUGGUGCUCUGGGGCUAUGGGGCUCUGGGGCUAUGGUGCUCUGGGGCUAUGGUGCUCUGGGGCUAUGGGGCUAUGGUGCUCUGGGGCUAUGGGGCUAUGGGCUAUGGUGCUCUGGGGCUAUGGGGCUAUGGCGCUCUGGGGCUAUGGUGCUCUGGGGCUCUGGGGCUAUGGGGCUAUGGUGCUCUGGGGCUCUGGGGCUAUGGGGCUAUGGUGCUCUGGGGCUAUGGUGCUCUGGGGCUAUGGUGCUCUGGGGCUAUGGUGCUCGGGGGCUAUGGUGCUCUGGGGCUAUGGGGCUAUGGUGCUAUGGUGCUAUGGUGCAGGGAGGGCCUAUGGUGCUCUGGGGCUAUGGUGCUAUGGUGCAGGGAGGGCCUAUGGUGCAGGGAGGGCCUAUGGUGCAGGGAGGGCCUAUGGUGCAGGGAGGGCCUAUGGUGCAGGGAGGGCCUAUGGUGCAGGGAGGGCCUAUGGUGCAGGGAGGGCCUAUGGUGCAGGGAGGGCCUAUGGUGCAGGGAGGGAACAGGUAAGCCACCAAGACAACAUGGGUGUUCAGUCCACCCGCAUCUGUCAAUCUGUCCCCAAAGGCUUUGUGUUCUGAAAGAAUAUGUUUGUGCAACUUAUCUGGAAGACAGACAUGGGACAAUUGGGUUAAACGAGUAUACACUCAUGUAAUCUAAUUUGCUCCAGGGGCGCCGUACUACUAUGGCUGACCCUGUAAAAUAACACAUUUCACUGCACCUAUCGCACUUGGAUUCGACACUCCGGAACUUCCGGGGACAAACCUGGCAGCCGUGGGGCCUGGAGCCCCUCUCCCUCUUUCCCCCCGCCGCCUCCUAUUCCCAUGGGCCCUCCAGUGGCGCUCCAUCUCCCCCCACCUGGCCAACGUCCAGCCACACUGAAGGCACUUGAAGCCCCGAUCCCCGCCGUGGCAUUUCAAGUGGGGGAGGUGGUGACUGCUGCCCCUGGGGCUGGAGCACUUUGUCAUCCAGGGAGGUGUCCAACUAAAAGCCCUCUUGCCCGACGGGAGUUGAGGAAAGCUGGGUACCCGCUCAGCCUGAGAGGCCCUUGUUUGGCUGUGGAGAUGCGACAGAGGCCUAGGGUCAUGAGGUGAGCUGAUUGGGCCAUUUCCUCAUCCUUGGCCUCAGUCUCGUUCAUCACCAACGAGCCCAUUGGACAGGACAGGUUGACGGAGCCGGCAGUGUCCAAUAGGAACACGCUCUCCUUACUAGUCCACCUUUCUAUCCCCUAGUGACUAAUCCACUCUUGACUGUUAUUUUCACUGCAUCUGAAACACAAGUUUCCCCCUCUAGAAAACGUAUUUCUUACCUCAUAGGUCUGUGCAACGUGUAGGCUCCCGUCCGAGUUGGAGCUCAGGGCCAUGUCACAUGACCGGGGAUUGAUAUUGGGCAGUAUGGGGAGCAGGAUGGACAUGUGCUCCAAGCCCAUAUGAUCCAUCUGAUCGUCAUCAGCAUCCUUUGAGCCAGAAUGGAGGACAUCCUCCAGGUUGUAGCCUGGGGAGCCAUUUUGGACCAGUUCAACUCCCACCCUUACUUCCACCUCUAGGCCACGGUCCUUCUCAAGUCGUGCCUCUCCAGUACGUGUGCGUGGAUGCUUGCUUUUAGGCCACCGGUGAACUGGCACGCUCUGCAGCGGUACACUUCGACCAGGUCCUAUUAGCACGGGCAGCACCAUUGAGGGCUUGCACCAUUUUAAUGUCGUCAACAGGGUCGGACUUCCAACUUUAUUGGCUGAUCCCUCCUUGUGACCUUGUUGGAUUCAUGUCCAACCGGGUCAUCAGGAGGGAUCAGCCAAUCGUGAAGAAGAAAAUGGACUACUUAAAAAUGGAGAUGGCCUCAAUGGCGCUGCCCGUGUGCUCACAGACGCCAUAAUGGAAACUACAGUGGGGAAAAAAAGUAUUUAGUCAGCCAACAAUUGUGCAAGUUCUCCCACUUAAAAAGAUGAGAGCGGCCUGUAAUUUUCAUCAUAGGUUCACGUCAACUAUGACAGACAAAUUGAGAUUUUUUUCUAUGAAUUUAUUUGCAAAUUAUGAUGGAAAAUAAGUAUUUGGUCACCUACAAACAAGCAAGAUUUCUGGCUCUCACAGACCUGUAACUUCUUCUUUAAGAGGCUCCUCUGUCCUCCACUCGUUACCUGUAUUAAUGGCACCUGUUUGAACUUGUUAUCAGUAUAAAAGACACCUGUCCACAACCUCAAACAGUCACACUCCAAACUCCACUAUGGCCAAGACCAAAGAGCUGUCAAAGGACACCAGAAACAAAAUUGUAGACCUGCACCAGGCUGGGAAGACUGAAUCUGCAAUAGGUAAGCAGCUUGGUUUGAAGAAAUCAACUGUGGGAGCAAUUAUUAGGAAAUGGAAGACAUACAAGACCACUGAUAAUCUCCCUCGAUCUGGGGCUCCACGCAAGAUCUCACCCCGUGGGGUCAAAAUGAUCACAAGAACGGUGAGCAAAAAUCCCAGAACCACACGGGGGGACCUAGUGAAUGACCUGCAGAGAGCUGGGACCAAAGUAACAAAGCCUACCAUCAGUAACACACUACGCCGCCAGGGACUCAAAUCCUGCAGUGCCAGACGUGUCCCCCCUGCUUAAGCCAGUACAUGUCCAGGCCCGUCUGAAGUUUGCUAGAGUGCAUUUGGAUGAUCCAGAAGAGGAUUGGGAGAAUGUCAUAUGGUCAGAUGAAACCAAAAUAGAACUUUUUGGUAAAAACUCAACUCGUCGUGUUUGGAGGACAAAGAAUGCUGAGUUGCAUCCAAAGAACACCAUAUCUACUGUGAAGCAUGGGGGUGGAAACAUCAUGCUUUGGGGCUGUUUUUCUGCAAAGGGACUAGGACGACUGAUCCGUGUAAAGGAAAGAAUGAAUGGGGCCAUGUAUCGUGAGAUUUUGAGUGAAAACCUCCUUCCAUCAGCAAGGGCAUUGAAGAUGAAACGUGGCUGGGUCUUUCAGCAUGACAAUGAUCCCAAACACACCGCCCGGGCAACGAAGGAGUGGCUUCGUAAGAAGCAUUUCAAGGUCCUGGAGUGGCCUAGCCAGUCUCCAGAUCUCAACCCCAUAGAAAAUCUUUGGAGGGAGUUGAAAGUCCGUGUUGCCCAGCGACAGCCCCAAAACAUCACUGCUCUAGAGAUCUGCAUGGAGGAAUGGGCCAAAAUACCAGCAACAGUGUGUGAAAACCUUGUGAAGACGUUUGACCUGUGUCAUUGCCAACAAAGGGUAUAUAACAAAGUAUUGAGAAACUUUUGUUAUUGACCAAAUACUUAUUUUCCACCAUAAUUUGCAAAUAAAUUCAUAAAAAAUCCUACAAUGUGAUUUUCUGGAUUUUCUUUUCUCAUUUUGUCUGUAAUAGUUGACGUGUACCUAUGAUGAAAAUUACAGGCCUCUCUCAUCUUUUUAAGUGGGAGAACUGACUAAAUACUUUUUUUCCCCACUGUAUAUAGGGAUGCUUUCUCUAUCAUUCUCUAUAGGCAGUCUAGACAGUCCAGGUGAGUGCAGGUAGGGUAGACAGAGCAAAUGUUUUGGUGGUUGCGGCCCUGUUCAAAUUGAUGUUCAUAUAUUAAUGUUUGCACGCAGUGUAUUUAUGCAAAUGAGGAACAUAUAAUUGUCUUUAUUUUAACACAAAUAUUUUCUUAAAAAUAUCUCAAACAAUAAGAAAAUGUGUAUGAGGGCACUCUAAGAAAAAAUAGUGACAUUUGACAAUAAAUUGAAUACCUGAAUUCCCACCAACAUCCCUGAACUCAUUAUUUGUCGGUGGCAGUAAAAUGUUUUAUGUGCUGUAACUCACAUUGUAAACUGGGUGGUUCGAGCCCUGAAUGCUGAUUGGCUGAAAGCCGUGGUAUAUCAGACCAUAUACCAGGGGUAUGCUCUAAUUAUGUUGGUAACCAGUUUAUAAUAGUAAUAAGGCACCUCAGGGGGUUUGUGAUAUAUGGCCAAUAUACCACGGCUAACGGCUGUAAACACUGAAUGUGCUGGAAUAUGCAACUUUUCUACCAAUUAUUUACCUACUCACCACGAACAUCAAAAAAAUGGAAUCGCGGUGAAUGACCAUCAUCUCAUCUACUUUCAGGCAGCUAGCUAGCCACUAACGUUAACAUAGAGUUAGACUAUCCGACAAUGAUGUCACCGUUAUGUCAGCCAUGACUACAUGGCUGACAUACUCACACCGCUUUUGGACAUUGUUUUCAUCCUCAGGCGCAAGGUGGAGCUCAGCUGCCUUUGACUCAAAAAGGUAACCAAGGUACGGUUUGGGACUGAUGUAUCCAUCUAUUGGCCCUUUGAGUACAUCAACAUUUGCGAGUGUUUGGGGGGGGGAGUGGUGAGAGUAGUAGAUACAGUUGAAGUCGGAAGUUUACAUACACCUUAGCCAAAUACAUUUAAACUCAGUUUCACAAUUCCUGACAUUUAAUCCGAGUAGUGGUCCUCUGUAGCUCAGCUAGGUAGUGGGUUCGAUCCCCGGGACCACCCGUACACAAAAAUGUAUGCACGCAUGACUGUAAGUCGCUUUGGAUAAAAGCGUCUGCUAAGUGGCAUGUUAUGUUAUAAAAAUUCCCUGUCUUAGGUCAGUUAGGAUCACCACUUUAUUUUAAGAAUGUGAAAUGUCAGAAUAAUUGUAGAGAGAAUGAUUUAUUUCAGCUUUUAUUUAUUUCAUCACAUUCCCAGUGGGUCAGAAGUUUACAUACACUCAAUUAGUAGUUGGUAGCAUUGCCUUUAAAUUGUUUAACUUGGGUCAAACCGUUGGGUAGCCUUCCACAAGCUUCCCACAAUAAGUUGGGUGAAUUUUGGCCCAUUCCUCCUGACAGAGCUGGUGUAACUGAGUCAGGUUUGUAGGCCUCCUUGCUCGCACACGCUUUUUCAGUUCUGCCCACAAAUGUUCUAUAGGAUUGAGGUCAGGGCUUAUUGAUGGCCACUCCAAUACCUUGACUUUUUUGUCCUUAAGCCAUUUUGCCACAACUUUGGAAGGAUGCUUGGGGUCAUUGUCCAUUUGGAAGACCAAUUUGCGACCAAGCUUUAACUUCCUGACUGAUGUCUUGAGAUGUUGCCUCAAUAUAUCUGCAUAAUUUUCCUUCCUCAUGAUGCCAUCUAUUUUGUGAAGUGCACCAGUCCCUCCUGCAGCAAAGCACCCCCACAGCAUGAUGCUGCCACCCCCGUGCUUCACGGUUGGGAUGGUGUUCUUCGGCUUGCAAGCAUCCCCCUUUUUCCUCCAAACAUAAUGAUGGCCAUUAUGGCCAAAAAGAUAUAUUUUUGUUUCAUCAGACCAGAGGACAUUUCUCCAAAAAGUACGAUCUUUAUCCCCAUGUGCAGUUGCAAUCCGUAGUCUGUCUUUUUUAUGGCGGUUUUGGAACAGUGGCUUCUUCCUUGCUGAGCGGCCUUUCAGGUUAUGUCGAUAUAGGACACGUUUUACUGUGGAUAUAGAUAUUUUUGUACCUGUUUCCUCCAGCAUCUUCACAAGGUCCUUUGCUGUUGUUCUGGGAUUGAUUUGCACUUUUCGCACCAAAGUACGUUCAUCUCUAGGAGACAGAACGUGUCUCCUUCCUGAGCGGUAUGACGGCUGCAUGGUCCCAUGGUGUUUAUAUUUGCGUACUAUUGUUUGUACAGAUGAACGUGGUACCUUCAGGCGUUUCGAAAUUGCUCCCAGGGAUGAACCAGACUUGUGGAGGUCUACCAUUUUUUUUCUGAGGUCUUGGCUGAUUUCUUUUGAUUUUCCCAUUAUGUCAAGCAAAGAGACACUGAGUUUGAAGGUAGGCCUUGAAAUACAUCCACAGCUACACCUCCAAUUGACUCAAAUUAUGUCAAUUAGCCUAUCAGAAGCUUCUAAAGCCAUGACAUCAUUUUCUGGAAUUUUCCAAGCUGUUUAAAGGCACAGUCAACUUAGUGUAUGUAAACUUCUGACCCACUGGAAUUGUGAUACAGUGAAUUAUAAGUGAAAUAAUCUGUCUGUAAACUAUUUUUGGAAAAAUUACUUGUGUGUCAUGCACAAAGUAGAUGUCCUAACCGACUUGCCAAAACUAUAGUUUGUUAACAAGAAAUUUGUGGAGUGGUUGAAAAACAAGUUUUAAUGACCUCAACCUAAGUGUAUGUAAACUUCCGACUUCAACUGUAUGUACCAGUACAGAGGGAUAGGCCAACAAGUGAUAUAUGUUUCAGUAAGAUUGGAUUUUUAGCAUUUAUAGCAAUGGUUAUUAAUUGUACUGCAGGGAUGGAACGUAAGUCGAAGAAAAUUGAGGUUGUGGUGGCAGCUGCAGAGAGGUAUUUGGGUGUGCGAGACUUGACAUCAGAAGAGUUACUGGGAGUGUUAAGUGGUGAUGUCCCAUCAUUUCAGGUUGAGGGCAUGAGGUAGAAGUGAGUGUAUUUAAACAGUGGAUAAGGAUGGGGUUAAUUAUUAGUUGUAGUGUUGAAGGUGUGAGUGUAGUGUUAGAUUUCUUUGCUUUGUUUUAUUUUAUUUUUCAAGAAAAGAUAAGGGAGUUGAACUCCAGUCUAGUAGGUGGUGGUAAUGCAACAAAUUGGAUGCCAACCGCCGUUAAACCUCAUUGAAGAAGAAGAACGUCCGAGUCCCAGUGUUGCCAACUUAGCAACUUUGUCGCUAUAUUUAGCGAGUAUUCAGACCCCUCUAGCGACACAUUUUCAAAAAAAAUCGACUAGCAACAAAUCUAGCGACUUUUUCUGCCGUUAUUGGAGACUUUUCGAGACUCUGACAUGAAAGCACGUAUCGUUCUUACUCUUCUCAACGAGCAGCGGGUGCUGCCGUGGCGUGGGCCCCGGGCCCCACCCCCGUCCCAAAGCACUCACAGGCGGCCCAGUCCUCGCACAGCAGUCCCUCCCAGCUGCAGUCAGAGCAGGAGAUGUUCAUCCCUCCGCGUCCAGACUGCAAAUGAAUCCGCCCCUGGCUGAUCCCGCCCUGGCUUACAUUCAGGGCAGGAUGUAAAUGUAAAAUGUUCUUUGUCUAAAAUAAAUCACUGCACAAAAAUAAAAAUCACUGCAUUUGACUCCCACAGCCUCAGUCACUUACUCACCUCGUCCACUGUGUGUGUGCCUCUCUGUGACAUAAGCUAAACAUCUAGCUGGCUAGCUCAUCCUGUCUCAGUCUAAACUGUACACUCAAAAAUACAGAAAGGAGAGGGAAUCAAACCCUGAAUUCAAAGGCUGGUUGAAGCCGUUUAUUGGAGAUGAUACACGGGCAUACUGCCCGUAUUGUAAAGCUGAUUUCUACUCCAAACUUAGUGAUGUAAAAAAAACACAUGACAACUCAAAAACAUACUCAAAAGGCAAAGCCUUAUAACAGUUCCACCCAAAACAAGCUGCCAUUUAGAGUUAAAUUGACUCUGAAAAAAAGGCUGAAGCCACCAUGGCAUUAGCUAUCGCUGAACACUGUUCCAUGUUGGCAUGUGAUCACAUUGGAGAAGCACGUAGAGCUGCUUUAUCAGACUCCACUGCAGCUACCCACUUCAAAAUGCUCAGGACAAAGUGCACAUAAAUGAUUAAUGGUGUUCUAGCACCAUACUUUCUGAAAAAGUUGGUCGCAGAUGUGGGUGACCAGCGUUUCAGCCUCCUCCUCGAUUACAUUUUACAUUUGAGUAAUUUAGCAGACGUUCUUAUCCAGAGCGACUUACAGUUAGUGAGUGUAUACAUUUUAAUUUUUUUUCAUACUCGAUGAGUCCACGGAUGUAAGUGUUUCUAAGUACCUGGGGGUUGUGAUAAGGUACUUUAGUGACACCAAGCAGACAAUUGUAUCAACAUUUCUGGGGCUUGUUGAGUUGGAGGUAGGAGAUGCCAAAUCUAUAGCCCGUGCUGUUGUGGCUUUCCUCGAGAAGUGUUGUCUUUAAAAAGAGAAACUCCUGGGGACUGACAAUGCCUCUGUUAUGACGGGGAUUAACAAUGGGGUCCAUAAAGUGCUGAAGGAGGAGUACGGCCUCAAAGAUCUGGUUCUUAUUCGCUGUGUGUGCCACUCUCUGCAGCUUGCUGUAAGUCAUUCUUCCAAUGACACCAUCCCCCGUAGUGUGGAGUACUUGGUACGAGAGACUUAUAACUGGUUUUCAGUGUCUCCAAAGCGCAGGGAGGCCUACAAGGCCAUAUAUGAGACCAUCAACUGUGGGGAGAAACCUUUACAGAUAACCAAGGCGUGUGCCACACGUUGGCUCUCCAUUGACCCGUGGUUUCACGCAUUUUGGACCAGUGGGAGGAGCGUAGGCUGCAUUUCGCAGUCACCAAGUCCAGUGAACACUGCUACAUUUACAUUUACAUUUACGUCAUUUAGCAGACGCUCUUAUCCAGAGCGACUUACAAAUAGGUGCAUUCACCUUAUAGCCAGUGGGAUAACCACUUUACAAUGUUAUUUUUUUAUUUAUUUUUGGGGGGGGGGGGGGGUAGAGUAAAGGGGGGGGGGGGGGGGGGGUAGAAUGAUUACUUUAUCCUAUCCCAGGUAUUCCUUAAAGAGGUGGGGUUUCAAAUGUCUCCGGAAGGUGGUGAGUGACUCCGCUGUCCUGGCGUCGUGAGGGAGCUUGUUCCACCAUUGGGGUGCCAGAGCUUCCGCAGAGGUAGGGGAGCCAGCAGGCCAGAGGUGGAUGAACGCAGUGCCCUCGUUUGGGUGUAGGGACUGAUCAGAGCCUGAAGGUACGGAGGUGCCGUUCCCCUCACAGCUCCGUAGGCAAGCACCAUGGUCUUGUAGCAGAUGCGAGCUUCAACUGGAAGCCAGUGGAGUGUGCGGAGGAGCGGGGUGACGUGAGAGAACUUAGGAAGGUUGAACACCAGACGGGCUGCGGCAUUCUGGAUGAGUUGUAGGGGUUUAAUGGCACAGGCAGGGAGCCCAGCCAACAGCGAGUUGCAGUAAUCCAGACGGGAGAUGACAAGUGCCUGGAUUAGGACCUGUGCCGCUUCCUGUGUAAGGCAGGGUCGUACUCUCCGAAUGUUGUAGAGCAUGAACCUACAGGAUCGGGUCACCGCCUUGAUGUUAGCGGAGAACGACAGGGUGUUGUCCAGGGUCACGCCAAGGCUCUUCGCACUCUGGGAGGAGGACACAACGGAGUUGUCAACCGUGAUGGCGAGAUCAUGGAACGGGCAGUCCUUCCCCGGGAGGAAGAGCAGCUCCGUCUUGCCGAGGUUCAGCUUGAGGUGGUGAUCCGUCAUCCAUACUGAUAUGUCUGCCAGACAUGCAGAGAUGCGAUUCGCCACCUGGUUAUCAGAAGGGGGAAAGGAGAAGAUUAGUUGUGUGUCGUCAGCGUAGCAAUGAUAGGAGAGUCCAUGUGAGGAUAUGACAGAGCCAAGUGACUUGGUGUAUAGCGAGAAUAGGAGAGGGCCUAGAACUGAGCCCUGGGGGACACCAGUGGUGAGAGCACGUGGUGCGGAGACAGCUUCUCGCCACGCCACUUGGUAGGAGCGACCGGUCAGGUAGGACGCAAUCCAAGACAGGUCUAGAAGGACAAGAGCAGAGGAGAGAGAGUUAGCUUUAGCAUUGCGGAGAGCCUCUGUGACACAGAGUAGAGCAGUCUCAGUUGAAUGACCAGUCUUGAAACCUGACUGGUUUGGAUCAAGAAGGUCAUUCUGAGAGAGAUAGCAAGAGAGUUGGCUAAAGACGGCACGCUCAAUAGUUUUGGAGAGAAAAGAAAGAAGGGAUACUGGUCUGUAGUUGUUGACAUCAGAGGGAUCGAGUGUUGGUUUUUUGAGAAGGGGUGCAACUCUCGCUCUCUUGAAGACGGAAGGGACAUAGCCAGCGGUCAAGGAUGAGUUGAUCAGCGAGGUGAGGUAAGGGAGAAGGUCACCGGAGAUGGUCUGGAGAAGAGAGGAGGGGAUAGGGUCAAGCGGGCAGGUUGUUGGGCGGCCUGCCGUCACAAGUCGCAAGAUUUUAUCUGGAGAGAGAGGGGAGAAAGAAGUCAAAGCAUAGGGUAGGGCUGUGUGAGCAGGACCAGCAGUGUCAUUUGACUUAACAAACGAGGAUCGGAUGUCGUCAACCUUCUUUUCAAAAUGGUUGACGAAGUCAUCCACAGAGAGGGAGGAGGGGGGGAUUCAGCAGGGAGGAGAAUGUGGCAAAGAGCUUCCUAGGGUUAGAGGCGGAUGCUUGGAAUUUAGAGUGGUAGAAAGUGGCCUUAGCAGCAGAAACAGAUGAAGAAAAUGUAGAGAGGAGGGAGUGAAAAGAUGCCAGGUCUGCAGGGAGUCUAGUUUUCUUCCAUUUCCGCUCAGCUGCCCGGAGCUCUGUUCUGUGAGCUCGCAAUGAGUCAUCAAGCCACGGAGCUGGUGGGGAGGACCGAGCCGGCCGGGAGGAUAGGGGACAUAGAGAGUCAAAGGAUGCAGAAAGGGAGGAGAGGAGGGUUGAGGAGGCAGAAUCAGGAGAUUGGAGGGAGAAGGAUUGAGCAGAGGGAAGAGAUGAUAGGAUGGAAGAGGAGAGAGUAGCGGGAGAGAGAGAGCGAAGGUUGCGACGGCGCAUUACCAUCUGUGUAGGGGCAGAGUGAGUAGUGUUGGAGGAGAGCGAGAGAGAAAAGGAUACAAAGUAGUGGUCGGAGACUUGGAGGGGAGUUGCAGUGAGAUUAGUAGAAGAACAGCAUCUAGUAAAGAUGAGGUCAAGCGUAUUGCCUGCCUUGUGAGUAGGGGGGGACGGUGAGAGGGUGAGGUCAAAAGAGGAGAGGAGUGGAAAGAAGGAGGCAGAGAGAAAUGAGUCAAAUGUAGACGUAGGGAGGUUGAAAUCCCCCAGAACUGUGAGGGGUGAGCCAUCCUCAGGAAAGGAACUUAUCAAGGCGUCAAGCUCAUGGCUGAGGUUUUAUACUCCAUGUACAGUGAUCCUCAAAACAUAUUGUAUCUGACUUUUUGAAGUCAGUGCUGGGUGAGGUACAGUUGGCCAUCAAGGCUUUUGAGGGAGAGCAAGUAGAUCCUCUUAAGCUACUUGACAGCUUGGUUAGCCUGAUCAAGUCUGUGAGCAGCAGGGUGCUGAAUCCACUGGCAAAUGUUGAUGUACUCAAAGGGCCAAUAGAUGGAUACAUCAGUCCCAAACCGUACCUUGGUUACCUUUUUGAGUCAAAGGCAGCUGAGCUCCACCUUGCGCCUGAGGAUGAAAACAAUGUCCAAAAGCGGUGUGUAGCCUUCACCAUCUCCCUCACUAAUGAGUUGAGGGUGAGACUGCCGGACAACAUCGAAGCAUUGCAGUACAUGUCAGUUUUCAAUGUGGAGGAAACUCUAAAGCACAAUAAGAGCCCUGGAGAAAUAGAAAAAAUAGCCAAGCUCCUUGGCUACUCCCCUGUAGAGAUAGACAAGAUUGUCCAGCAAUGGCGUGCCAUCCAUCUUAGUAAAUGGAAUGAGACAAAAAACACACUGGGCUUCUGGAGUGAGAUUUGGAAGUUCAGGGAUGCAGCUGAUAUCAACCCGUUUCAAGAUCUUGCCAUGGCUGCUGUGUCUGUGUUGUCCUUGCCACACUAGAACGCUGAAGUCGAGAGAGUAUUCAGCCAGAUGAGUGUGGUAAAAAGCAAACUUAGAAAUCGGAUGUCCUUGCAGACCCUUAACUCCAUCCUGUACAUUCGAUAUGGACUGAAGCUGUCUGGUGAGGCUUGCUAUGAGCACCAGCUGCCUGAUAAUGUUUUGCAGCCUUUUGGCACAUGAGCUGCUUACUCAUUUAAGUCAGCUCCCUCAGUUGCUGAACCUGCCAUAGAGAGCCUUGACCAAAAGGACGAUGACCCACUCUUUCUGUGAGCCAGCACAGCCUGUGUGUGUGUGUGUGGAGGGGGGUCUGAAAAAAAAUUAGGGCCAGACUAGUUACCAUCAUUUUCUCACAUUGCCAUUGACAGUUUUUUCUAUUGUCUCUUUUUGGUCUAUUUAGAUUGUUAAUGUUGAUUGUAUACAAUUUUUUUUUACAAAUGUUAUGGUUAAACAUUUUCAUGUUUUACUGUGACUUGUUGUAGGCUCCUAAGUGGAACAUAAGGUUAAAAACCAAACCAAACUUAAGAAAACUAAACUAAACAUUUUUUUUACUAAAACAAACUAAGUAACUCAGCCAGAGUGUCUCUUUUGGGUAACUUUUGCCGGUCCCAAGCCCGGAUAAAGGAGGAUGGUUGGAAUUGUGACAUAAAAAAAACAAGAAUCAAAAAGAAGAGAGUUAAUUUGUAGUUCUAAACAUAUUUAGGGUGUUUUUUACUCACUUUUUGUCUCUCCCACCACGUUAUUCCUCACAAUUACAUGCACAACUAUGCAAAUUAGGUGAUGACGUCAUUUAGCGACUUUUAGGGAAGCCAAUAGCUACUUUCCUUACUGAGAAGUUGGCAACACGUGUGUCCGACUCCCGAAACGAACUUGAAAAUGAGCCAACCCCAUGCUUACUUUUUAGGGACCACUGUCAAUGGAAUGCUUCGUUUCUGUGCUAUACAUUACUUAUUGUCUUAUUGAAACAUUUUAUUUAAUAAGUAAUUGUAUAAUAGUUUGUAACAUCAAAAUAUACGUACAAAGAAUAUUCAUUAUUGACAAAUCUCUCAUAUCGGGGAUAGAGACAAAAAUAAAAAUGGUCAUAACUUUAACGACAGCGCUUUGGUUAGUCUUGUUUUCCUAUCCAUUGCGCAUGUCCAAAAUAAACAAUGGGCGGAUUCGAUUACGCUGAGUCGCGGGACACUUGCGAGGAGCUCCAUCUUCAAAUCGAACAGUAAUCGGUGCCGCACGGUCAUUUUGUCAACAAGGCAGCAUGGUGCAUCGUCCAGAAACAUAAAACAUAUAUUUUCCAUAAAAUACAUGUUUGAAUAGCCUAACUAUUUUUAAUUGGGAAGGCAGAUAAAACGUUGUUAUCAAAAACAAACACUUUUGUAUGGGAAAACACAGAAUCCUACUAAUUACAACACAUGCUUAAUUACAACACUUUUGUUUUGAGCCGACUUCGCCGUGGGCUUUGAACGGGGCAUCUGGCUCCCGCCCGGGAGGCAGCCAGUUUAAAAUCGAACGCAACCAACUUUCAGCCGCUGCGAAACACGACUACACGGGCGAGAUUAAUCGAACCCCCUCAGUGAAAAUGGCUGCCAUUGACUUCAUAACGUUAACUGGUGACAGCGAGAAAAAACAACCGUAAGUAAUGCUUUAAAUUGUGCUUUAGGUAGCUAAAAUGUAUAGUUUUCACUAUGGGUUAUUCUGCGUGUGGUCAUAAACAGUUAUUGUCCAAUGAAUCAUGUCUUAUACGCGUUGUUAGCGCUAGAGCCUGUUUCGCUACUAGCUAGCUAGCUUACAAGCCAAUGUCAUAGUUGUGAAACUCGGAGAAAUACUGGACAAGGUUAGCCAGCUAGCUUAUGACCUAGUUUCAGUGCCUCUCAAACCUCUCCUCGGGGACCCCCAGCCGUUUAAUCUAUUCCAGAGCUAGCACGUCUGAUUCAACUUGUCAAUCAUUAAGCCCCUGACUAGCUAAUUGAAUCAGGUGUGCUUGUUCAGGCUGCAACAAAAUUGUGAAACGACUGGGGGUCCCCAAAGAAAGGUUUGAGAAACACACAAGUUACACCACUAGUAGUUGUGGAAUGAACCAGCAAUAGUUGUCAAAAUGAACCAAUUACCAUGGGGCAUUCCAGUUGAUUUAAUCAUUACAUUAAUCUUUCCAAUAUCCUGUCGUGUGCAGGGGAGAGGAUGCAGAGAGGAGUGGUAAUGAAGAGGAAGACCAGGACCUGUCAGAGGAGGAGGGAGGCGCCGCCGGGAAGGCCGAAGCCGGUUCGUUGAAGCUCAGCGUUGCCGCGAGCUCAGCCAAGGCCAAGAAAAAGAAACACAAGCACCGCAGCAAACAGAAGAGACACAAGCAGUCUUCACCUGAGGACAAGGAGCGGCGCCACAAGCACCGGCACAAGCACAAGAAGCACAGGCGUAAAGAUGGCCCCUCGACCGACGGCUUCCCCACCGGUGGCGACGACAACGCUUUCACAUACUCUUGCUUCUCCAAGCAGCCGAGACUGGAAGACGACGAGAUGGCGCUUCUGGAGGAGCUGGAGAAACAGCGGGCCCUGAUCCAAGCUGAGCUAGACAGUGAAAUGACUGAGGGGGGCAGGGGGGUACAGUCGGGCAUGGGGCUCAUACUCCAGGGAUACCACUCUGGGGAGGAGGAGGAUGGGGAGAUUCAGGGGGAGAGGGUGUGCAACGGGCAGCACUUGCGGAGAGGGGAAACUGGGGCUGGCUCAGGCUCGCAGACCGCUAAAGACGCUGGUAGAGUCCAGCGAGAGUCGGCAGAUGCCGGCAAAGCUAAGCAGAAAAAUCCCAAUAAAGACGCUAGGAAGAGAAAGACGGACAGCAAGAUCAAGGAUCAGAUGAGAGGGAUGAGCACGUCCAGGGAUAGAGACAGCAGGAGACAUUCCAUGAGUGCGGAUUGCUUUAAGGAAAGGGCACGGGUGUCCAAGUCUCCUCCUGGCACUAGCAAGCAGCCUGCUCAAAACCAGGACAAACACAAGAAGGCGAUCAAGUCCCCCGCCAAGGACGCUUCCUCUGGGAAUGAGAACUGCUCUCCUGGCCUGCGAGGGAGGCCACCAGGCCCCGCCCCCCAGCUGCAGCGCAGCACGUCCCCAUCACAGUGCCGGGACCCCCGGGCCUCCUCUUCAGGUCCCCAGGCAGCCGAGCGAUGGGCCAGGUCACCGCCACCACCCAGAGGGGGCCACCCACGCUCCCCGGAGUGUCAAAGGAGAGAGGUGGACCGACUGAGACUCUCACCUGGCAGGUCAGAACAUUGUUUGGCCUCAUGUCGAUUCCACACAUGAAUCACAAAAAGUAAUCCAAGUUGAUGAGUUAAGAAAUUUGGCCUUUUGCGUUUGAUACAGAUAAACAUGCUUUUGUUUUCAAGGAGGAGAUGUAUCUUCUCACAACCAGGUACAGGGUCCACAAAUUAAUUUACUGGUAACAUAUUGGGAAAACCAUUAGGUCCGGGUUGUCUCUUUCCUCCCGGGAUAGACCAUGAGUAUUGGGAUGGGAAGCUUGGGGGGGGGGGGGCGGGGCGUAUUCAUUAUUGCACACUGUAGCAAAACGUUUUGCAACAUGAAAAAGUAGCAUUUCUUAUGGGGCGAAUUUAGGAUAGUCCUUCUCCGUUUCAGCUGGUUGUUUCCAUUUAGUUUCUAGUGAAUACAGCCCUAGUAAUUCUGGGGGUGUGUUAGACACCACACCGAGGCUGGUUAAGGGCUCACAUUUAAAACCACAUCUCAGUUAAAAUAAUAAUAAGAUGUAUUGUCACAUACACGGGAUAGCUGCAGUGUGUUGUUUUACAGGGUCAGCCAUAGUAGUAUGAUAGGUGCAGUGAAAUGUGUUGUUCUACAGGGUCAGCCAUAGUAGUAUGAUAGGUGCAGUGUAAUGUGUUGUUUUACAGGGUCAGCCAUAGUAGUAUGAUAGGUGCAGUGUAAUGUGUUCUACAGGGUCAGCCAUAGCAGUAUGAUAGGUGCAGUGUAAUGUGUUGUUCUACAGGGUCAGCCAUAGUAGUAUGAUAGGUGCAGUGAAAUGUGUUUUACAGGGUCAGCCAUAGUACGGCGCCCCUGGAGCAAAUUAGGGUUUAAGUGCCUUGCUCAAGGGCACAUAGACAGAUUUUUCACCUUGUCUGCUUGGGUAUUCGAACCUGCGACUUUUUCAGUUACUAAGCCCAACGCUCUAAUUGCAAGUAGACAGCUGCUAUUUCCAGGAAGGGUCUAUCAGCAGAAUCUGUGCCAGGAAAGAAGAAAUUAGUGCUGGUGUGAGUGCUCAUGGGAGAUGUAGUCAUGCGCGAUAUUCCCUACCAAACGUAGUCCAGUUUACAUCAUCCACACAUUGAAUCGUGUCCAAAUCAAAUCACACAAACCCUUUAGGUAAUGCGUGGAAAAUAUUGAAUGUGUAAGCCCUUGUCCUGUUGCUGCGUGGUCUUCAGGAUGCGGCGCCAGGACGAGGCAGGGGGCCGCAGGGAUGCCAGCCCAGCUCGACGGUUCAGCCGCUCACCUUUCAGGCGGAGGUGUCGCUCUCCCAGGAGACGCAGCAGGUCUCCAUUCAGGAGGAGGUGGGUGGAGGUACUUUUCUCCCCAUAUGUCUGAUAACUGUACUAUCCCCACCUGUGUUGUGUUCAGUUGAAGUCGGAAGUUUACAUACACCUUAGCCAAAUACAUUUCAACUCAGUUUUUCACAAUUCCUGACAUUUAAUCCCAGUAAAAAUUCCCUGUUUUAGGUCAGUUAGGAUCACCACUUUAUUUUAAGAAUGUGAAAUGUCAGAAUAAUAGUAGAGAGAAUUAUUGAUUUAUUUCAGCUUUUAUUUCUUUCAUCACAUUCCCAGUGGGUCAGAAGUUUACAUACACUCAAUUAGUAUUUGGUAGCAUUGCCUUUAAAUUGUUUAACUUCGGUCAAACCGUUCGGGUAACCUUCCACAAGCUUCUCACAAUAAGUUGGGUGAAUUUUGGCCCAUUCCCCCUGACAGAGCUGGUGUAACAGAGUCAGGUUUGUAGGCCUCCUUGCUCCCACCAAAGUACGUUCAUCUCUAGGAGACAGAACGGGUCUCCUUCCUGAGCGUUAUGACGGCUGCGUGGUCCCAUGGUAUUUAUACUUGCGUACUAUUGUUUGUACAGAUGAACAUGGUACCUUCAGGCGUUUGGAAAUUGCUUUCAAGGAUGAACCAGACUUGUGGAGGUCUACAAAUCAUUUUCUGAGGUCUUGGCUGAUUUCUUUAGAUUUUCCCAUGAUGUCAAGCAAAGAGGCACUGAGUUUGAAGGUAGGCCUUGAAAUACAUCCACAGGUACACCUUCAAUUGACUCAAAUUAUGUCAAUUAGCCUAUCAGAAGCUUCUAAAGCCAUUACAUCAUUUUCUGGAAUUUUCCAAGCUGUUUAAAAGCACAGUCAACUUAGUGUAUGUAAACUUCUGACCCACUGGAAUUGUGAUGCAGUGAAUUAUAAGUGAAAUAAUCUGUCUGUAAACAAUUGUUGGAAAAAUUACUUGUCAUGCACAAAGUAGAUGUCCUAACCGACUCGCCAAAACUAUAGUUUGUUAACAAGAAAUUUUGUGGAGUGGUUGAAAACAAGUUUGUGUAUGUGUAUGUAAACUUCCGACUUCAACUGUAUAUGUCUGUGAGUCUAUAUAUACAGAUGGGCCUCUGUAGCUCAGCUGGUAGAGCAUGGCACUUGUAACGCCAAGGUAGUGGGUUCGAUCCCCGGGACCACCCAUACGUAAAAAUGUAUGCACACAUGACUGUAAGUCGCUUUGGAUAAAAGCGUCUGCUAAAUGGCUUAUUAUUAUUAUUAUUAUUAUUAUUAUUAUUUCCCGUUCUCUGUCUGAUGAAGGUCUGACCGAAACGUCAUUCUUUAUUUUAAAGUGUUGCAACUUACCUAUUUUGAGGCUAUGAUAGUUCUUAUUUUAUUGUCACCGAAUAGGUGUUGUUUUACACGGUCAGCCACAGUAGUACGGCGCCCCUGGAGCAAAUGACAGUUAAGUGCCUUGCUCAAGGGCACAUAGACCGAUUUUUCACCUUGUUGGCUCGGGUAUUCGAACCGGCAACCUUUCGGUUACUGGCCCGACCCUCUAACCACCAGCCCUAAUUAUGUUUUUUUCUUCAAGAUUCAAUGGUUAUACAGUGCAUUCGGAAAGUAUUCAGACCCCUUGACUUUUUCCACUUUUCCACAUUUUGUUACGUUACAGCCUUAUUUUAAAAUGGAUAAUACACAUAAUGACAAAACAAAAACAUUUUUUUUAUUUUUAUUGUUGCACAUUUGAUAAAAAAUUAAAAUAAUAAUGUCACAUUUACAUGAGUAUUCAGACCCUUUACUCAGUACUUUGUUGAAGCACCUUUGGCAGUGAUUAUAUCCUUAAGUCUUCUUGGGUAUGAUGCUACAAGCUUGGCACACCUGUAUUUGGGGAGUUUCUCCCAUUAUUCUCUGCAGAUCCUCUCAAGCUCUGUCAGGUUGGAUGGGGAGCAUUGCCGCGCAGCUAUUUUCAGGUCUCUCCAGAGAUGUUCGAUCGGGUUCAAGUCCGGGCUCUGGCUGGGCCACUCAAGGACAUUCAGAGACUUGUCCCGAAGCCAUUCCUGCGUUGUCUUGGCUGUGUGCUUAGGGUCGUUGUCCUGUUUUGAAGGUGAACCUUCGCCCCAGUCUGAGGUUCUGAGCGCUCUGGAGCGGUUUUCAUCAAGGAUGUCUCUGUACUUUGCUCCGUUCAUCUUUCACUCAAUCCUGACUAGUCUCCCUGCUGCUGAAAAACAUCCCCACAGCAUGAUGCUGCCACCACCAUGCUUCACCGUAGGGAGGGUGCCUGGUUUCCUCCAUUUACAUUUACAUUUUAGUCAUUUAGCAGACGCUCUUAUCCAGAGCGACUUACAUGAGCAAUUAGGGUUAAGUGCCUUGCUUAAGGGCACAUCGACAGAUUUUUCACCUAGUCGGCUCGGGGAUUAGAACCAGCGACCUUUCGGUUACUGGCACAACGCUCUUACCCACUAAGCUACCUGCCGCCCUGCGACGUGAUGCUUAGUAUUCAGGCCAAAGAGUUCAAUCUUGGUUUCAUCAGACCAGAGAAUCUUGUUUCUCAUGGUCUUAGAGUCCUUUAGGUGCCUUUUGGCAAACUCCAAGCAGGCUGUCAUGUGCCUUUUACUGAGGAGUGGCUUCCGUCUGGCCACUCUAACAUAAAGGCCUGAUUGCUGGAGUGCUGCAGAGAUGGUUGUCCUUCUGGAAGGUGCCCCAAUCUCCACAGAGGAGCUCUGUCAGAGUGACCAUCGGGUUCUUGGUCAUUUCCCUGACCAAGGCCCCUCGCCCCCGAGUUUGACCGGGCGUCCAGCUCUAGGAAGAGUCUUGGUGGUACCAAACUUCUUCUAUUUAAGGAUGAUAGAGGCCACGGUGUUCUUGGGGACCUUCAAUGUUGCAGAAAUUGUUGGGUAUCCUUCCCCAGAUCUGUGCCUCGACGCAAUCCUGUCUCGGAGCUCUACAGACAAUUCCUUUGACCUCAUGGCUUGGUUUUUGCUCUGACAUGCACUGUCAACUGUGGGACCAUAUACAGUGGGGGAAAAAAGUAUUUAGUCAACCACCAAUUGUGCAAGUUCUCCCACUUAAAAAGAUGAGAGAGGCCUGUAAUUUUCAUCAUAGGUACACGUCAACUAUGACAGACAAAAUGAGAAAAAAAAAUCCAGAAAAUCACAUUGUAGGAUUUUUAAUGAAUUUAUUUGCAAAUUAUGGUGGAAAAUAAGUAUUUGGUCAAUAACAAAAGUUUCUCAAUACUUUGUUAUAUACCCUUUGUUGGCAAUGACACAGGUCAAACGUUUUCUGUAAGUCUUCACAAGGUUUUCACACACUGUUGCUGGUAUUUUGGCCCAUUCCUCCAUGCAGAUCUCCUCUAGAGCAGUGAUGUUUUGGGGCUGUCGCUGGGCAACACGGACUUUCAACUCCCUCCAAAGAUUUUCUAUGGGGUUGAGAUCUGGAGACUGGCUAGGCCACUCCAGGACCUUGAAAUGCUUCUUACGAAGCCACUCCUUCGUUGCCCGGGCGGUGUGUUUGGGAUAAUUGUCAUGCUGAAAGACCUAGCCACGUUUCAUCUUCAAUGCCCUUGCUGAUGGAAGGAGGUUUUCACUCAAAAUCUCACGAUACAUGGCCCCAUUCAUUCUUUCCUUUACACAGAUCAGUCGUCCUGGUCCCUUUGCAGAAAAACAGCCCCAAAGCAUGAUGUUUCCACCCCCAUGCUUCACAGUAGGUAUGGUGUUCUUUGGAUGCAACUCAGCAUUCUUUGUCCUCCAAACACGACGAGUUUACUUUUUACCAAAAAGUUCUAUUUUGGUUUCAUCUGACCAUAUGACAUUCUCCCAAUCCUCUUCUGGAUCAUCCAAAUGCACUCUAGCAAGCUUCAGACGGGCCUGGACAUGUACUGGCUUAAGCAGGGGGACACGUCUGGCACUGCAGGAUUUGAGUCCCUGGCGGCGUAGUGUGUUACUGAUGGUAGGCUUUGUUACUUUGGUCCCAGCUCUCUGCAGGUCAUUCACUAGGUCCCCCCGUGUGGUUCUGGGAUUUUUGCUCACCGUUCUUGUGAUCAUUUUGACCCCACGGGGUGAGAUCUUGCGUGGAGCCCCAGACCGAGGGAGAUUAUCAGUGGUCUUGUAUGUCUUCCAUUUCCUAACAAUUGCUCCCACUGUUGAUUUCUUCAAACUAAGCUGCUUACCUAUUGCAGAUUCAGUCUUCCCAGCCUGGUGCAGGUCUACAAUUUUGUUUCUGGUGUCCUUUGACAGCUCUUUGGUCUUGGCCAUAGUGGAGUUUGGAGUGUGACUGUUUGAGGUUGUGGACAGGUGUUUUUUAUACUGAUAACAAGUUCAAACAGGUGCCAUUAAUACAGGUAACGAGUGGAGGACAGAGGAGCCUCUUAAAGAAGAAGUUACAUGUCUGUGAGAGCCAGAAAUCUUGCUUGUUUGUAGGUGACCAAAUACUUAUUUUCCACCAUAAUUUGCAAAUAAAUUCAUUAAAAAUCCUACAAUGUAAUUUUCUGGAAAAAAAAUUCUCAAUUUGUCUGUCAUAGUUGACGUGUACCUAUGAUGAAAAUGACAGGCCUCUCUCAUCUUUUUAAGUGGGAGAACUUGCACAAUUGGUGGCUGACUAAAUACUUUUUUCCCCCACUGUAUAUAGAUACAUACAUACAUACAUACAUACAUACAUACAUACAUACAUACAUACAUACAUACAUACAUACAGUGGGGAGAACAAGUAUUUGAUACACUGCCGAUUUUGCAGGUUUUCCUACUUACAAAGCAUGUAGAGGUCUGUAAUUUUUAUCAUAGGUACACUUCAACUGUGUGAGACGGAAUCUAAAACAAAAAUCCAGAAAAUCACAUUGUAUGAUUUUUAAGUAAUUAAUUUGCAUUUUAUUGCAUGACAUAAGUAUUUGAUCACCUACCAACCAGUAAGAAUUCCGGCUCUCACAGACCUGUUAGUUUUUUCUUUAAGAAGCCCUCCUGUUCUCCACUCAUUACCUGUAUUAACUGCACCUGUUUGAACUUGUUACCUGUAUAAAAGACACCUGUCCACACACUCAAUCAAACAGACUCCAACCUCUCCACAAUGGCCAAGACCAGAGAGCUGUGUAAGGACAUCAGGGAUAAAAUUGUAGACCUGCACAAGGCUGGGAUGGGCUACAGAACAAUAGGCAAGCAGCUUGGUGAGAAGGCAACAACUGUUGGCGCAAUUAUUAGAAAAUGGAAGAAGUUCAAGAUGACGGUCAAUCACCCUCGGUCUGGGGCUCCAUGCAAGAUCUCACCUCGUGGGGCAUCAAUGAUUCAUGAGGAAGGUGAGGGAUCAGCCCAGAACUACACGGCAGGACCUGGUCAAUGACCUGAAGAGAGCUGGGACCACAGUCUCAAAGAAAACCAUUAGUAACACACUACGCCGUCAUGGAUUAAAAUCCUGCAGCGCACGCAAGGUCCCCCUGCUCAAGCCAGCGCAUGUCCAGGCCCGUCUGAAGUUUGCCAAUGACCAUCUGGAUGAUCCAGAGGAGGAAUGGGAGAAGGUCAUGUGGUCUGAUGAGACAAAAAUAGAGCUUUUUGGUCUAAACUCCACUCGCCGUGUUUGGAGGAAGAAGAAGGAUGAGUACAACCCCAAGAACACCAUCCCAACCGUGAAGCAUGGAGGUGGAAACAUCAUUCUUUGGGGAUGCUUUUCUGCAAAGGGGACAGGACGACUGCACCGUAUUGAGGGGAGGAUGGAUGGGGCCAUGUAUCGCGAAAUCUUGGCCAACAACCUCCUUCCCUCAGUAAGAGCAUUGAAGAUGGGUCGUGGCUGGGUCUUCCAGCAUGACAACGACCCGAAACACACAGCCAGGGCAACUAAGGAGUGGCUCUGUAAGAAGCAUCUCAAGGUCCUGGAGUGGCCUAGCCAGUCUCCAGACCUGAACCCAAUAGAAAAUCUUUGGAGGGAGCUGAAAGUCCGUAUUGCCCAGCAACAGCCCCAAAACCUGAAGGAUCUGGAGAAGGUCUAUAUGGAGGAGUGGGCCAAAAUCCCUGCUGCAGUGUGUGCAAACCUGGUCAAGACCUACAGGAAACGUAUGACCUCUGUAAUUGCAAACAAAGGUUCCUGUACCAAAUAUUAAGUUCUGCUUUUCUGAUGUGUCAAAUACUUAUGUCAUGCAAUAAAAUGCAAAUUAAUUACUUAAAAAUCAUACAAUGUGAUUUUCUGGAUUUUUGUUUUAGAUUCCAUCUCUCACAGUUGAAGUGUACCUAUGAUAAAAAAUUACAGACCUCUACAUGCUUUGUAAGUAGGAAAACCUGCAAAAUCGGCAGUGUAUCAAAUACUUGUUCUCCCCACUGUACGUGUGUUUCUUUCCAAAUCAUGUCCAUUCAGUUGAAUUUACCACAGGUAGACUCCAAUCAAGUUGUAGAAACAUCUCAAGGAUUAUCAAUGGAAACAUGAUGCACCUGAACUCAAUUUCGAAACUCAUAGCAAAGGGUCUGAAUACUUAUGUAAAUAAGGUAUUAUAAUUUUUUUUGUAUACGUUUGCUAAAAUAUCUAAACCUGUUUUCACUUUGUUGUUAUGGGGUAUUGUGUGUAGAUUUGAUGAGGAAUUUGUUAUAUUUAAUCCAUUUUAGAAUAAGGCUGUAACGUAACAGUGGAAAAGGGGAAGGGGUCUGAAUACUUUCUGAAUGCACUGUAAUUGCAAUGACCAUUUGAACAUCAGGAAAUCGUACAUAUUGCACCUGUAAGAUGCUCAGGCUUUUGCUUUUCUUUCCUGUGACUCUUCUACGUAGGUCAUUGGAUCGGGACAGGAUGGGACGGAGGCCACAUUGGGGUUCCAGAUCCCAGGAGAGGAGGCAGAGGCUGAGCCGGGACAGAGAGGACAAGUUCAAGGGCAGCCUCUCGGAAGGAAUGAAGGCUGACAAGGAGGACUCUGAAGAUGAAGUGUAGGCAGUUCACUAGGGAGUGAAUUUUAGUUGCUUAUUGUUGAAUGUAUCGUUCAUACACAAAUGAUACAACAUUAAUCCAUUUCAAUUUCAUUAGUGAAACCACACAAUUUUUUUUUAGCAAUAUGAGCUAUUGUUUAUGGGUGUGGGGUGGACGACCACAUUUGUAUGUGUGUGUUGAGAGUUGACGUGUCGUGUAAUAGGCUGGAAGAUUACGACGUUGAUGAGGAGGACGAGGAGGCCCUCAUCGAACAGAGGAGGCUACAGCGCCUGGCCAUCGUCCAGGUGGGUAAAAAGACCUCUGACAUCAUCCCCUCUGCACCGACCUAACUUAACAGAGGCACACAGCCAUGUUGCUACAGUAUAUAUUUUAACCGUUUCUUUAUUGGCCGUUGUCGUACACAGCAUGCAAACGUGACACACUCAGCUGUUUUGAUUGUUAGUUCGACAAUUAGAAUGGCGUUGGACACUGUGUGCCGUGCCUGUGCUCAGGCCACACCCCUAAUCCCAGGUUUUGUGUUACUUCCACAUGCUUAGUGCCAAGGGAGUCAAUCCCUCUCUCUCCCUGUCCACCGAUCCUCUCUCCCUGUCCACCAACCCCCCCCCCUCUCUCUCGCCCUCUCUCUCCCUGUCCACCAACCUCCCCCUCGCUCUCCCUGUCCACCAACCUCCCCCUCUCUCACCCUCUCCACCAACCUCCCCCUCCUUCUCUCUCCCUCUCUCUCCCUCUCUCUCUCCCUGUCCACCAACCUCCCUCUCUCUCCCUGUCCACCAACCUGCCCCUCUCUCUCUCUCCCUGUCCACCAACCUGCCCCCCUCUCUCUCUCUCCCUGUCCACCAACCUCCCUCUCUCUCCCUGUCCACCAACCUGCCCCUCUCUCUCUCCCUGUCCACCAACCUGCCCCUCUCUCUCUCCCUGUCCACCAACCUCCCUCUCUCUCUCUCCCUGUCCACCAACCUGCCCCUCUCUCUCUCUCCCUGUCCACCAACCCGCCCCCCUCUCUCUCCCUGUCCACCAACCCGCCCCCCUCUCUCUCCCUGUCCACCAACCUACCCCUCUCUCUCUCUCUCCCUGUCCACCAACCUGCCCCUCUCUCUCUCUCUCCCUGUCCACCAACCUGCCCCUCUCUCUCUCCCUGUCCACCAACCUGCCCCUCUCUCUCUCCCUGUCCACCAACCUGCCCCUCUCUCUCUCCCCUGUCCACCAACCUGCCCCUCUCUCUCUCUCUCCCUGUCCACCAACCUCCCUCUCCCUCUCUCUCCCUGUCCACCAACCUGCCCCUCUCUCUCUCCCUGUCCACCAACCUGCCCCUCUCUCUCUCUCUCCCUGUCCACCAACCUCCCUCUCCCUCUCUCUCCCUGUCCACCAACCUCCCUCUCUCUCCCUGUCCACCAACCUGCCCCUCUCUCUCUCUCCCUGUCCACCAACCUGCCCCUCUCUCUCUCCCUGUCCACCAACAACACAGAAUUCCCUCCCAGCACACCACUAAGAAUACCAAUAAUUAUGACCAUAGUUUUUCUUGUUGUAAAUAUGACAACUGUUAUCCAUUUUUAUUUUAUUUUUGCUUUAUGAUUUAGAAAAAGGGUGCAAAUUCUCAAAGGUAUCAUGUUUAUGAACAAAUAGAUUGUAAUCGCUGGAGAAUAAACUAGAUGAGCUCCGUUUGCGACUAUCCUAUCAACGUGAUCUGAAGUACUGUAACAUCCUAUGUGUUGUGUCUCUUUAACAGCCGGGUGCACAAUCUGUAAUAUUAAGGAAGUCUCGAGGUUCUGCUCGACGGCAUUAGAAUACCUCAUGAUAAGCUGUAGACCGUACUAUUUACAAAGUUUUCAUCUAUAUUUUUUGUAGCUGUCUAUUUACCACCACAAACCGAUACUGGCACUAAGACCGCACUCAACCAGCUGUAUAGGGCCGUAAGCAAACAUGAAAAUGUGUGUGGCCGGUGAUUUUAAUGCAGAGAAACUGAAAUCAGUCUUACCUCAUUUCUACCAGCAUGUCACCUUUACAACUACGGGUGGAAAAAAAAACUGUAGAUCACCUUUACUCCACACACAGAGACACAUACAAAGCUCGCCCUCCAUUUGGCAAAGCUGCCCAUAACUCUAUCCUCCUGCUCACAGGCAAAAGCUCAAACGGGAAGUACCAGUGAUGCCCUCAUCCGAUGGCACAAUUGGCUACCCGGACUAUUUGCAUUGACCCUCAUUUUUAUGCACUGGCUCUAUGCACACUCACUAGAAACUACCCACCCACUCCCAUACUGCACUGACACUCCCAACACAUGCACACUCACUACAUACGCUCACACACACACACAAAAAACACGUGAAUAUUGACGCCACACACUCACACCCCCUAGCUACAUGUACAUAUUACAUCAAUCACCUCAACUCCCUCGUGCCCCUGCACAUUGACUCCGUACCGGUACUUCCUGUAUAUAGCCUCAUUACUCACUCGUGCCCCAGCACAUUGACUCAGUACCGGUACUCCUUGUAUGUAGCCUCGUUAUUGUUAUUAUGUGUUACCAUUUCUUUUUUUUUUUGUGUGCAAAUUUUCUUUUUAACUCUGCGUUGUUGGUUAAGGGCUCGUAAGUAAGCAUUUCACGGUAAAGUCUACACCUGUUGUAUAUUCGGCGCGUGUGACAAAUAUUUUAUUUUAUUUUGAUUUGACAUGUGCACUGUGUGCGUAUGUAUUUGUGACUUGUUAGUGUACAUGUUCUCGUGCCGGUGCUUGCAUAUUUUUUGCUCACGCGUGUGUGUGUGUGUUUUUUCUGUGAACAGAAGUACAAGGGAGGGAACGAGGACAGUAAUAUGUCGGCACCGUCGGACCCCGGCAGCCCCCAGAGCAGCCAGCGCAGCCGCUCGCCCUCACCAGACGGCAUCCUGGAGCGUGUGACGGCCGACGUCAAAGAGUACGAGCGGGAAAACAUGGACACCUUCGAAGAAAACGUCAAGGCUAAGCACAACCUCAUCGAACAGGAGAAAGAUGGUAAACAUAUGUGCCUUUUCAGAUAAGUGUGUGUGCACAUCAGACAAACUAAGACCUGGACCUAUAUGAAAUACUUUAAACUAAUUGAUUUACGCUGGAUUUAGUUUGCUCAGUACAGUCUGUAAGGGUACACCAGGGCUUUUUAAAUGCAGAAAAAACCUUCCCUGGAGAUGGUUUGGAAGCGCCACUGAACGGGCAUUUUACUUGUCUGUAAAGGACCAGUAGUAGUAGUAGUAGUAGUAGUAGUAGUAGUAGUAGUAGUAGGCCCAGUAGUAGUAGUAGUAGUAGUAGGCCCAGUAGUAGUAGUAGUAGGCCCAGUAGUAGUAGUAGUAGUAGUAGUAGUAGGCCCAGUAGUAGUAGUAGGCGUAGUAGCUGUAGUAGUAGUAGUAGUAGUAGGCCCAGUAGUAUUAGUAGUAGGCCCAGUAGUAGUAGGCGUAGUAGUAGGCCCAGUAGUAGUAGUAGUAGUAGGCCCAGUAGUAGUAGUAGUAGGCCCAGUAGUAGUAGUAGGCCCAGUAGUAGUAGGCCCAGUAGUAGUAGUAGUAGUAGGCCCAGUAGUAGUAGUAGUAGGCGUAGUAGCUGUAGUAGUAGUAGUAGUAGUAGGCCCAGUAGUAUUAGUAGUAGGCCCAGUAGUAGUAGGCGUAGUAGUAGUAGUAGUAGUAGUAGUAGUAGGCCCAGUAGUAGUAGUAGGCCCAGUAGUAGUAGUAGUAGUAGUAGUAGUAGUAGUAGUAGUAGUAGGCCCAGUAGUAUUAGUAGUAGGCCCAGUAGUAGUAGGCCCAGUAGUAGUAGUAGUAGUAGGCCCAGUAGUAGUAGUAGUAGUAGUAGUAGGCCCAGUAGUAGUAGUAGUAGUAGUAGGCCCAGUAGUAGUAGUAGUAGUAGUAGUAGUAGUAGUAGUAGUAGUUAGUAGUAGUAGUAGUAGUAGUAGUAGUAGUAGUAGGCCCAGUAGUAGUAGUAGUAGUAGUAGUAGUAGUAGUAGUAGUAGUAGUAGUAGUAGUGAGGCCCAGUAGUAGUAGUAGUAGUAGUAGUAGCCCAGUAGUAGUAGUAGUAGUAGUAGUAGUAGUAGUAGCAGUAGCAGUAGUAGUAGUAGUAGUAGGCCCAGUAGUAGUAGUAGUAGUAGUAGGCCCAGUAGUAGCAAUAGAAGUGGGUGAUAGACGUUGAUCGAGUUCAAAUGUAGUUCAUAACUCUAUUACUCAAUUACUUAUUAUUAUGUUAAUUUCUAAUAUACUCUGACUUCUUAAUCAAUGAAUUUUUUUUUUUUUUAAGUCAUAUUGACAUCAGCAGUUGUCACAAAGUGCUUUUACAGUUUAGCAGUGCUCGAGUUUAAACUCUACCCCCUUUCUUUCCUAGAAGGAACCAACCCCAAAAAACCUUCUGCCCCCGAUAUGUUCACCGAAUCGGAUGACAUGUUUGCCGCCUACUUUGAUGUGAGUACUCCUCUUGUUCCUUUGAUUGUGUCGUGUGGACUCUGACCACCAUGACGUGUGCCAAGGAAUAGGAUCCUGGCAGAUAGGGUUGCAAAGAGUGGUGUCCGUGUCCCGGAUCGCCCUUGUGUUGUUACUGUCCAAACACGCGUCUGUCAGUGGGUAAUUUGAAACCGGGCCACAGCGUUUUCUCUGGUGACCUUUCUGUGAGGCGACUUGUCCGAUUCAGAGUCGAGAUAAGCACGCAAGUUUGACUUUAGCGUAAAUCAUUAAUUGAGGUCAGUGGGGGGACCGAAAGUUUGGCGCGUCAAUCUCAAGUCAGAAUACCACCUCAACUGUGGUUUUGUAUUGUAGCCUGACAGUCAGACCUGGGUUAGACCUGGGUUCAAAUAGUAUUCGUUUUUUCUUUCAAAUACUUUGAGCGUUUUAAAUGAGCCUGCUUGGGGUGCCAGAUGGACAACAUUUGCACUAUUGGGACUAUUCCUUUGGUUCCAUUGCGCCAGGCAAGCUCAAUCAAGCACAGCUUCCCAUCAGAAAAAUGAUAACUGAUUUCUUAAAAGGAAAAAAACAAACAUUGGAAAAACCAUUGGUCUCCCGUCAUACUAACACCAAGUGAUUUGUGGCCACUGCAGAGUGCAAGGCUUCGCGCAGCAGGCAUCGGAAAGGACUUUAAGGAGAACCCCAACCUCCGAGACAACUGGACAGACGCAGAGGGCUACUACCGUAAGUCCAUUUGGCAUUAAGCUCCUUCCUUCUUUGUUCCUUCGUUUGUUUGUUAGCUUAUUCAUUCAUGAAUCACUACUGAACAAAAAUAUAAACGCAACAUGCAACAUUUUCAAAGAUUUUAUUGAGUUACAGUUCAUAUAUGGAAAUCAGUCAAUUGAAAUAAAUUCAUUAGGCCGUAAUCUAUAGAUUUCACAUGACUGGGCAGGGGGAGGGCAUAGGCCCACCCACUGGGGAGCCAGGCCCAGCCAAUCAGAAUGAGUUUGUCCCCACAAAAGGGCUUUAUUACAGACAUAAAUAUUCCCCCCCCACCCCCCAGACGAUCCUGCAGGUGACGAAGCCAAUGUGGAGAAGUGGGUGGACAGGUAGCUUAGUGGUUAAGAGUGUUGUGCCAGUAACCGAAAGGUCGUUGGUUCUAAUCCCCGAGCCGACUAGGUGACAAUCUGUCGAUGUGCCCUUGAGCAAGGCACUUAACCCUAAUUGCUCCUGUAAGUUGCUCUGGAUAAGAGCGUCUGCUAAAUUACUAAAAUGUAAAAUGAGAUCAAGGGCACGUGGUUACACAUGGUCUGCGGUUGUGUGGCCAGUUUUACAUACUGCCAAUUCUCUAAAAUGACGUUGGAGGCAGCUUAUGGUAGAAAAAUGAACAUGAAAUUCUCUGGCAACAUCUCUGGUGGACAUUCCUGCAGUCCACAUGCCAAUUGCACGUUUCCUCAACUUUAGACAUCUGUGGCAUUGUGUUGUUUGACAAAACUGCACUUUUAGAGUGGCCUUUUAUUGUCCCCAGCACAAGGUGCACCUGUGUAAUGAUCAUGCUGUUUAAUCAGCUUUUUGAUGUGCCACACCUGUCAGGUGGAUGGAUUAUUUUAGCAAAGGAAAAAUGCUCACUAACAGGAAAGUAAACAAAUUUGUGCACAAAAUUUAAGGGAAAUAAGCUUUUUGUGCGGCUGGAAGAUUUCUGGGAUCUUUAAUUUCAGCUCAUGAAACAUGGGAACAACACUUUACAUGUUGCGUUUAUAUUUUUGUUCAGUGAAUAUUUAUAUUCCGGUCUCUGAUAUUUCUUAAUGUCUUUUUUAUUUUUCUGGAUUAUGUGUUUUACAUCUGCCAUCAGUGUACGCGACCAGUAAACGUUGAUUUGAUUUGCAUGAAAAUGUGAAGAUGGUUGUUUACAUGCAAAAUUGCCAUUUCUUGUUGGUCGCUAAAUCAAACGACAAUGAGGAAGCAGAAAAAAUCUGUUUUACUCACGUGCUACAUCGGACACGUAACUUUUGCAGAGCUUGAGACACUCCUGUUCAUUUCAACAAGAGCGUAACCGUGCCAGCUCUGCGAAAGGCUUACACUGUUUUGAGUCGUAAAAUGUAAGUAUUUUCAAGAUUACGACGCGCAGCUCACGCAUGAGAGCAAAAGUGGCUAGUGUUCUGCUCACGCUGACCAAAAGUUACUCUUCCAGUGUAGCAAAAAGAAACCGUGUAGCCGCAAUGUUAGGCUACUGGAUUUAUUUAUUUUUUAUCACCUUCCUAAUGGCGCAACCACAGAACCAGCUCACUUGCCCGGCUGCCGUAAAUCCCAUAAAUUGUCAGUCUUUCACGUCAACAAUGGGAGUGAACGAUAAAGAUCCGUUUUAGGCCUGCUGGAAUUCUUUGCAGUUUUUGUUUACUUGCAACAGGGGCAACGCUUAAGGUCAAUCCCUACCUAUUCAUAACCAGUUAGCUAAUACAUUCAAUGUCUUUUGAUAUUUGACAGGACUCAAUAUCGGGGAGAUACUGGACAAGCGGUACAGCGUGUAUGGCUACACGGGGCAGGGCGUGUUCAGCAACGUCAUCCGUGCGCGAGACGUGGCCCGCGCCAGCCAGGAGGUUGCCAUUAAGAUCAUUCGGAACAACGAGCUCAUGUGAGUGUCGUCUACCAAUAGCUAGUCCUGAACCCCGUUCAGUAGGCAGAAAAACAUUUUUGAAACGGGGGAGAUACUACCUGAACUUGCCCAUUGCAAUAUGUUUUGCUACGUUGUGCACUAAUGAACACAGCUCUGUCUCAUAAUGUGAACGGUCCCUAAUCAUUGUGCUUUUGUUUCAUGGAAGAGGCUUGUAUCUUAUAUUUUGACAAGAGGCUUGUAUCUUUGAAGGAGUGGGACACUAAUCCAGACGCUUAUAAGAAAUCCCGCUAUGCCCUCCGACGAACCAUCAAACAGGCAAAGCGUCAAUACAAGACUAAGAUUGAAUCCUACUACACCGGCUGUGACGCUCGUCGGAUGUGGAAUGGCUUGCAAACUAUCACUGAUUACAAAGGGAAUCCCAGCCGCGAGCUGCCCAGUGACGCGAGCCUACCAGACGAGCUCAAUGCCUUCUAUGAUCGCUUCGAGGCAAGCAACACUGAACCAUGCAUAAGAGCGUCAGCAGUUUCAGACGACUGUGUGAUCACGCUCUCCAUAGACCUUUUUAAACAGGUUAACAUUCACAAGACGUGAGAAUGCUUUUCAUUGACUACUGCUCAGCGUUCAACACCAUAGUGCCCUCCAAGCUCAUCACUAAGCUAAGGACCCUGGGAUUAAACACCUCCCUCUGCAACUGGAUCCUGGACUUUCUGACGGGCCGCCCCCCCAGGUUGAUUUAUUUAUUUUAGAUUUGAUUUAGGAUCCCCAUUAGCCGACGCCGAUAGUGACAGCUAGUCUUCCUGGGGUCCGACUCAUUACGAAAAAUACAUUAGAAAAGCUGGUGAGGCAACAACACAUCCGCCGCACUGACCCUCAACACGGGGGGCCCCUCAGGGGUGCGUGCUCAGUCCCCUCCUGUACUCCCUGUACACCCACGACUGCGUGGCCAAGCACGACUCUCAACACAAUUUAAGUUUGCCAACGACACAACAGUGGAAAGGCCUGAUCACCGGUGACAAUGAGACGGCCUACAGGGAGGAGGUCAGAGACCUGGCAGUGUGGUGCCUGGACAACAACCUCUCCCUCAACGUCAGCAAGACAAAGGAGCUGAUCGUGGACCACAGGAAACGGAGGGCACGAGCACGCUACUCAGUGUCCACAUCACAAAGGAUCUGUCAUGGUCCGCACCCACCAACACAGUCGUGAAGAGGGCACGACAAUGCCUCUUCCCCCCCUCCAGGAGGCUGAAAAGAUUUAGCAGGGGCCCUCAGAUCCUCCAAAAGUUGUACAGCUUCUUCUGCCCCCCAAGCCAUAAGCCUGGUAAAUAAUUAGGCCGGGUAGCUAUUUGGUUAACUAUUUAACUAUCUGCAUUGACUCUUAUUUUCCCCACUUUUUUUGACUCAUCACAUACACCGCUGUUACUGUAUUAUCUGUCACUGUAGUCCUAGUUACAUAUCUACCUCAGUUACUAUUGUGGUAGAUAUUGGGUGUACAGGCUUUUGUUCUAGCCCUGCUCUAACACACCGGAUUCCACUAACCUGUACUUGAUUAUUUGAGACAUAAUUAUUUGAGUCGGGUGUGUCAGAGCAGGGCUGGAACAAAAGCCUGUACACCCAGUAGCUCUCCAGGGGGGGACCUGACCUACUGGCACACCAGUGGGUUAGGGAUAGACUUUAGACUCUCUGUCCCAACAGGCAGAAGACUGGGCUGAAGGAGCUGGAGUUCCUGAAGAAACUCAACGAUGCCGACCCGGACGACAAGUUCCACUGCCUGCGCCUCUUCCGACACUUCUACCACAAGCAGCACCUCUGCCUGGUCUUCGAGCCUCUCAGGUACACCCUCCAGGUCACUGGCACCCCUAGAUUGAGUACAGUGUUUCCCUUCUAAAUUGUGUAGGCAUUGUGGGCCCCUCCGCAUAGGUUAUUGCUCUCCCUGUGUAAAAUAAUGUGGUUUCAAUUGAUCAUUUUUGGUUGCUGCUGAAGAUGGAGUCUGAAAAGAGAUGUUCUUAUUGAAUGCGAAGAGGCUGUUUGACGUCUGAGAGAGUCUGCUGCUCUCUGUCCUAGGGAUGGGGGAAAUCGAUACAGUAGAGCAGGGUUCUUCAAUUCCGGUCCUGGAGGGGGCCGAAACACCUCUGUUUUUCAUCCUCUCCUUCUAAUCAGGGGCUAAUUCAGACCUGGGACACCAGGUGAGUGCAAUUAACUACCAGGUAGAAAUAAAAAAACAGAAGUGUUUCGGCCCUCCAGGACCGGAAUUGAAGAACCCUGCUGUAGAGUAUGGUGAUAUUAUCUUUGCCCAUUUUUUUAUAUCAACACUGUGACUCCCAAGUAUCGAUUUAUAAUUUUUUGCUAGGCAGUUAACGUUAGCUAGCACUAGUCGGCUGUAGCCGCAAAGUACCUCCAGUAUUUCUCAUCCUAAAGCUUGUUCUCAUCUUCUUUUAAACUCUAGAACCGCCUGGCCUUUCAGCCUACAGGUAGCUGCCAGAGAACGUUGCCGGGUAUCCCCUUUAGCAUACGCGUCAGAUCCAUAUCAACCCACAAGGUGCCCAAACAUAAGCACCAACGCUUGAUAAAUAGUGUAUAAACUAUUGUAAAGGAUUAAUUUCAUGAAUAAAUAUUUGUGGAAAGAUUUCAAAACAAAAAAUGGAUAUGUUUUGUCCUAGAAAAAAAAAACUUGGUUUGUGGCCUCCCGAGUGGCGCAGCGGUCGAGGCACUGCAUCGCAGUGUUGCGGUGUCACUACAGCCUGGGGUUCGAUCAGCGUCGUCCGGGUUAGGGAAGGGUUUGGCCGGCUUUACUUGGCUCAUCGUGCUCUAGCGACUCCUUGUGGCCGGCCGGGUGCCUGCAGGCUGACUUCGGUCGUCAGUUGAACGGUGUUUCCUCUGACACAUUGGUGCAGCUGGCUCUCCGGUUUAAGCGAGUGGGUGAUGAGAAGCACGGUUUGGUGGGUCAUGUUUCGGAGGACGCAUGGCUCGACCUUCGCCUCUCCCGAGCCCGUUGGGGAGUUGCGGCGAUGAGACAAGAUCGUAAUCACAAAAAAAAGGGGGAAAAAGAAGAUGACAUAUACAAAUUUAGAAAAUAAAGAAAGGAGAAGUAGGUCUUACAAUAAAAACAUUAGUGAUCAUUUGAUCAACUUUAUUUGUAGAUUCAAUUAGUAAUAGAGUCAUAGUAAUUAAUCAAGUCCAUUUGCUGCAGCUUUUUACUAAGUAGAAAUGAAAAACACAAUAAUAUAACCAGCCCGGUGCGCAGGUGAAAUGAUUUGCCAUAUUCCUAAACAAAAGCACCAGUGCAUGAACAAUUGUAAAGGAUGAAUUGCCUCAAUAAAUAGCAUAUUUUGUAAUUGUAAUGUUAUUAUGUUCAUAGUUUUUGCUUAGUAGCCAGAGAAAUGCUGCCGCGCGAGUGGUCAUGUGCUGAACGCAUGGACAGCACGGAUAUAUCACUGGAAAAGGGACAUUUGGAAAUAGAGCUGAACCUCUUGAAUUAUGAGUUAUUUGACAAAGGUAAAAUGUCAUAGAAACUGCAGAAUAUGCUCUUUCAGAUACUGUAUGGAAAUCACAAUGUUUUACCUGCAUGUGACUCUGAAGGAGGAUUUGAUCAAGUGAUGCUCCUUUAUGGAGGACUAAAAGUGCCACAAUUAAAUAAAUAAAUACACCAUUAAAUAAUUACUUAAAUGUGUCAUUAAUUAAUUAAAAUUAGAAUUAAAUACAUAAAUGUGUUAUUAAAUGUGUCAUUAAUUAAUUCAAAUACCGAUUCAUUUUAUGUAAAAUACAUAUAUAAUAAUUUCACUAUUUACAUUUACAUUUCAUGGUCCUGCGUUGGAGUGCUUCCUGAAUUACUUAAAACUGUCAAACUGACCCAUCAAAAGUUGGUAGGCGGAACCUAACGCCUGAUUGGUUACCCUCUGCAUCAAGCCAAGACAAAUCAAUUCCGGAUAAUGUCAGCAGGUCCUGCUUCUACAUCCUCUGCUAAGUUUAAAAUGUCUCUAACCAACUCCCUGGAAAGUUCACGGAGAUCCUCCAUUGUCUCUAUCCAGGUUGGCCUACUCUACUUCAGACCAAAGCAAUGGAUCAGACUAGAUUCGCGUUAGCCCCGCCCACUGACUUUGAUGGGUCAGUUUGACAGUUUUAAGUAAUUCAUGAAUCACUGCAAUGCAGGAUCAUGAAAUGUAAAUGUAAAUAGUGAAAUAAUUAUAUAUGUAUUUUACAUAAAAUGAAUCGGUAUUUGAAUUAAUUAAUGAUACAUUUAAUUACACAUUUAUGUAUUUAAUUCUAAUUUGAAUUAAUUAAUGACACAUUUAAGUAAUUAUUUAAUGGUGUAUUUAUUUAUUUAAUUGUGGCACUUUUAGUCCUCCAUACUCCUUUUCCAUGCAUUUGUAAAUUACAAAGAUUCGCCCAUCUCUUCAUGUACAAUUUGACAACUGAUAGGCCUACUAUUGUCACGCGUCAGAUUGUCAAUUUAAUCUUGUCUAUAGGCUAACUCUUAUGUGUGAAAUUAGUUACGAUGGGCCGGCUGUGCAGACUGACCGGCGUCACUUGUUUUUCCCGCUCAUCAAAGUUGGAUAGAGUCGAGGAUAUGUUUUGCAUGAUUCUACUGCAACACGCGGCAUGUUUUUGUUUCCUUUACAAUACAUUUGUUUAGUAAUAGAGUUACAGUAAAAUAAAACAGUCCUGUAACAGCUUCUUUUUUUUACAAAGUAAAACAUAAAAGAGAACGGGUAUCAACCCUGCAAGGCGCGCGGUCAAAUUAUUAACGUGAUCCCCAACGCUAAUAAAUAGGCGUAACAAAAACUCAUCACUCUGUUGCUGUUCUUAAAGUAAAUCAACCUCUUCACCCUCAUCGUUCAGUUAGGCCUCAUUUUUUAAAAUUUGAUUGUGAAGUAAGGUGCACAAUUAUUGCCCAUUCAUCCAUUUUGUCAUUCAUUCAGUGAGGUGAGAGAGUCACAUUAUCGUGUGGCUGGCUACCAACAUCCUACAACAGGUACCAACAUCCUACAACAGGUACCAACAUUCUACCUGUCUUGGAGAAGUUGGGAGGAGGUGUGUAAAAAAAAAAAAAAAAAACAGGUCAAAAGGCUCAAUACUUUUCUGUUUGAUUUUCUUUUCUUUUAUUCUGACAAUGGAGGUUAUUCUAAAAUACAAACAUAACCAUGUCGUAUCGUGAGGUCCCUAGCAAUUUCCAGCCCAACUCUGUUCCAUGUUUCACCGCUGAGUAGAUAUUGUCUUGUUCUAACCAGGGUCUCAAUUAUUUUUAGCACAUGUAUGUACAGACGCAUGACUGAACUGUCUGAAAUGGCACCAUAUUAUGUGGUCCUCCUGUAGCUCAGCUGGUAGAGCACGGCGCUUGUAACGCCAGGGUAGUGGGUUCGAUCCCCGGGACCACCCAUACACAAAAAAAAAAGUAUGCACGCAAGCGUCUGCUAAAUGGCUUAUUAUUAUUAUUAUUAUUAUUAUUAUUAUUAUAUUCCCUACAUAGUGUACUACUACUACUUCUGUGAUUAAAAGUAGUGCACUAUGUAGUGAAUAGGGUAUCAUUUUGUGACGCACGCCUAUAUUGUAAGUGGUAUCUCUCUACUCCUCAGUAUGAACCUGCGCGAGGUGCUGAAGAAGUACGGUAAAGAUGUGGGCCUCCACAUCAAGGCUGUGCGCUCCUACAGCCAGCAGCUCUUCCUGGCCCUGAAGCUGCUGAAACGCUGCAACAUCCUGCACGCCGACAUCAAGCCUGACAACAUCCUGGUGCGUCACCUCUAAUCCACCGUAGCCCCCAGAGAGACAGUCACCUCUAACCCACCGUAGCCCCCAGAGACUCAGUCACCUCUAACCCACCGUAGCCCCCAGAGAGACUCAGUCACCUCUAACCCACCGUAGCCCCCAGAGAGACUCAGUCACCUCUAACCCACCGUAGCCCCCAGAGAGACAGUCACCUCUAACCCACCGUAGCCCCCAGAGAGACUCAGUCACCUCUAACCCACCGUAGCCCCCAGAGAGACUCAGUCACCUCUAACCCACCGUAGCCCCCAGAGAGACAGUCACCUCUAACCCACCGUAGCCCCCAGAGAGACAGUCACCUCUAACCCACCGUAGCCCCCAGAGAGACUCAGUCACCUCUAACCCACCGUAGCCCCCAGAGAGACUCAGUCACCUCUAACCCACCGUAGCCCCCAGAGAGACUCAGUCACCUCUAACCCACCGUAGCCCCCAGAGAGACAGUCACCUCUAACCCACCGUAGCCCCCAGAGAGACAGUCACCUCUAACCCACCGUAGCCCCCAGAGAGACUCAGUCACCUCUAACCCACCGUAGCCCCCAGAGAGACAGUCACCUCUAACCCACCGUAGCCCCCAGAGAGACACUCACCUCUAACCCACCGUAGCCCCCAGAGAGACUCAGUCACCUCUAACCCACCGUAGCCCCCAGAGAGACUCAGUCACCUCUAACCCACCGUAGCCCCCAGAGACUCAGUCACCUCUAACCCACCGUAGCCCCCAGAGAGACUCAGUCACCUCUAACCCACCGUAGCCCCCAGAGAGACAGUCACCUCUAACCCACCGUAGCCCCCAGAGAGACAGUCACCUCUAACCCACCGUAGCCCCCAGAGAGACUGUCACCUCUAACCCACCGUAGCCCCCAGAGAGACUCAGUCACCUCUAACCCACCGUAGCCCAAGAGACAGUCACCUCUAACCCACCGUAGCCCCCAGAGAGACUCAGUCACCUCUAACCCACCGUAGCCCCCAGAGAGACAGUCACCUCUAACCCACCGUAGCCCAAGAGACAGUCACCUCUAACCCACCGUAGCCCCCAGAGAGACUCAGUCACCUCUAACCCACCGUAGCCCCCAGAGAGACUCAGUCACCUCUAACCCACCGUAGCCCCCAGAGAGACUCAGUCACCUCUAACCCACCGUAGCCCCCAGAGAGACAGUCACCUCUAACCCACCGUAGCCCACAGAGAGACUGUCACCUCUAACCCACCGUAGCCCCCAGAGAGACUCAGUCACCUCUAACCCACCGUAGCCCAAGAGACAGUCACCUCUAACCCACCGUAGCCCCCAGAGAGACUCAGUCACCUCUAACCCACCGUAGCCCCCAGAGAGACAGUCACCUCUAACCCACCGUAGCCCAAGAGACAGUCACCUCUAACCCACCGUAGCCCCCAGAGAGACAGUCACCUCUAACCCACCGUAGCCCCCAGAGAGACUCAGUCACCUCUAACCCACCGUAGCCCCCAGAGAGACUCAGUCACCUCUAACCCACCGUAGCCCCCAGAGACUCAGUCACCUCUAACCCACCGUAGCCCCCAGAGAGACUCAGUCACCUCUAACCCACCGUAGCCCCCAGAGAGACAGUCACCUCUAACCCACCGUAGCCCCCAGAGAGACAGUCACCUCUAACCCACCGUAGCCCCCAGAGAGACUGUCACCUCUAACCCACCGUAGCCCCCAGAGAGACUCAGUCACCUCUAACCCACCGUAGCCCAAGAGACAGUCACCUCUAACCCACCGUAGCCCCCAGAGAGACUCAGUCACCUCUAACCCACCGUAGCCCCCAGAGAGACAGUCACCUCUAACCCACCGUAGCCCAAGAGACAGUCACCUCUAACCCACCGUAGCCCCCAGAGAGACUCAGUCACCUCUAACCCACCGUAGCCCCCAGAGAGACUCAGUCACCUCUAACCCACCGUAGCCCCCAGAGAGACUCAGUCACCUCUAACCCACCGUAGCCCCCAGAGAGACAGUCACCUCUAACCCACCGUAGCCCACAGAGAGACUGUCACCUCUAACCCACCGUAGCCCCCAGAGAGACUCAGUCACCUCUAACCCACCGUAGCCCCCAGAGAGACUCAGUCACCUCUAACCCACCGUAGCCCCCAGAGAGACAGUCACCUCUAACCCACCGUAGCCCAAGAGACAGUCACCUCUAACCCACCGUAGCCCCCAGAGAGACUCAGUCACCUCUAACCCACCGUAGCCCCCAGAGAGACUCAGUCACCUCUAACCCACCGUAGCCCCCAGAGAGACAGUCACCUCUAACCCACCGUAGCCCCCAGAGAGACAGUCACCUCUAACCCACCGUAGCCCCCAGAGAGACUCAGUCACCUCUAACCCACCGUAGCCCCCAGAGAGACUCAGUCACCUCUAACCCACCGUAGCCCCCAGAGAGACAGUCACCUCUAACCCACCGUAGCCCCCAGAGAGACUCAGUCACCUCUAACCCACCGUAGCCCCCAGAGAGACAGUCACCUCUAACCCACCGUAGCCCCCAGAGAGACUCAGUCACCUCUAACCCACCGUAGCCCCCAGAGAGACUCAGUCACCUCUAACCCACCGUAGCCCCCAGAGAGACUCAGUCACCUCUAACCCACCGUAGCCCCCAGAGAGACUCAGUCACCUCUAACCCACCGUAGCCCCAGAGACAGUCACCUCUAACCCACCGUAGCCCCCAGAGAGACAGUCACCUCUAACCCACCGUAGCCCCCAGAGAGCACCAAUAACCCUAUUUCACUAAGCACAGUCACAGUGAAAGUGAAAAUUUUAACAAACUUUUUAAUGGAAAAUACAUGCUUUUAAAGCAGGUUGUAUAUUUCCGAACGAUCAUCACGAUAUGAUGCCUUGUUGGUAUUAAGACCCGCUUGCGGAGAUAACUGUUCCUUUUGAGCAGGGCGCUCUACCCUUACCAGGUUUGCCCGGUCACGUGACGGGCUGUAUCCCAGUGCACCUCGGUUCAGUCUUAAUUGAACCCACCCAGUGUGAACAAUGUGCUGUUUGACGGGGGUAAACACCGCUAACUAGCAUAGAGAUGACCAUUGUACAAUGCCAAUCCUUUGACUCUCUAAAAUGCAUACGUUCAUGUUUUAUCACUUGCCUAAGACUUAAGUUUACCACGGAGUCAUCUCACUUGCUAAUUAACCAUUAAAUAACUAGAUGCUGACUAGUUAUCUACCUGUUGACAGUAGCACGUAGCGCUCUUUUCCACUGUGACGUAAUGGUCAAAUACGAUUAUUCAAUUCUGCCUCUCAGUUCUACUUUUGAUUGCAAGUCAAUUGUCAUUGUGCUUGAUCUCUCCAAUAAAUUAAAUUGGUGAAAAGGGGAAUGCUGGGAGAUUUGGUGUCACCUUUUUGACCUUUUUCAACAUGUUGGCUGGAGUUUUAUAUAGGUCAAGUGGCAUAUAUUUUUAUUUUUAUUUAUUGGUUUGUUUUCAACAGGUGAACGAGUCGAAAACCAUCCUCAAGCUCUGUGACUUUGGUUCGGCGUCGCACGUGGCGGAGAAUGACAUCACUCCCUACCUGGUCAGCCGAUUCUACAGGGCGCCUGAGAUUAGUGAGACUCUCCCCUCUUUUCUUCUCUUCUGUGUUCUGUUCUUUUUUUUUAAAAAUCCUGUCACUCUCCUUUUUAUCACCAACCCUUGACCUGGAGAGCUGCUAUACUGGGUUCAGGCUUUUUCUCCAGCCCAGCUAUAUUUAACUAAUCACCUGCUCAAGUCCUUGAUUAGUUGAGUUAGUGGAUCCAGUAGCUCUCCACAACCAGUUGGUGACCGCUGCUGUAGGUCCUAACUUGUAGGGAAAAUGUUCAACUGUCGUGUUUAGCACCAAACGGAAGAAAAACUGAGUAAAAUAGGGAGGGACUACUUUUUUAUUAUUAUUAUUUUUUAAACAUUUUGAAACUUUUUGAAAUGUUGUGCCCUAAUGAACACAACGCUCAUCAAACAUACUAAUUUGCCAUAGUUUGUCCAAGUCCCCUAAAGCCUGUAUCUGUCCUUGCAGUCAUCGGGAAGCCUUACGACUACGGGAUCGACAUGUGGUCUGUUGGCUGCACUCUGUAUGAGCUGUACACGGGUAAGAUCCUUUUCCCAGGGAAAACCAACAACCACAUGAUUAAGCUCGCCAUGGACCUCAAGGGCAAGAUGCCUAACAAGGUGAGACCAAAAACCACCAACCACAGAAACACUCCCUUCACCAUACUAAUGGAUAUUUACAGCAGAAAACCGAUUUAUUCAGAAGUAUUACUGAAAUUCCAAUUCAAGAAAAAUCUGAGUUUCUGGUUAUUUCCUGAAUGGAAUCAUUUGAAAUGGAAUUGACCCCAACUGUUUUCUUUCUACCCCUCCACAGAUGAUCAGGAAAGGUGUAUUCAAGGACCAGCACUUUGACCAGAACCUCAACUUCCUGUACACCGAAGUAGACCGAGUUACUGAAAGGGUAGGAGGUUGUUGUUUUCUCUCAUAUUGUCUGAGUGGGAAUGUUAACAUGAAUACCCCCCAGGAACCCAAAUUAUUUGGGUGGAUCCCAUCCUCCUUUAUAAAACGUGUUUUGUUUCCAAAAGGUAUCGGAAUUGUCAACAAAAGUUACACCCAUUGAGCUGCAAUAAUCACGUAGCCAGUUGUGAAGAGCAAAAAUCCUGCUGAAGCGUUUUAAUGCCACGAUUCAGAGAGGGCACAGGGCCAGAUAUGAUGGGUUUUUUGUUAGUGUCUAGCAGAGAGUCAAUCAGCUCUUUAAAAUCCAGUUUCAACUGUUCAGAGCUGCCCUUCAUAAUGUCAUUAAAACCCACAUGGACUACGAUAGAAUCGAUUUCCACGUCCUGACAUAGUACAUUCGGGAGCAGCUUAGUCAUGUCAUUUACUCAAGCUCCGGGAUAGGACAUUGUUUUUGCACCAGGAACGGUCACAUUUCUUACCAUGGAGCUGCCCAAAAUCACAGCUGGCGAGAAGGACAAGGAAAAUCCUCCCACCCUUCACAGGAUGCAGGCCUCCGACAGAUGGAGAAGGCCCGCUCGAUCCAGAGCAGGGACGGAAGGUUGCCGACGUCGACUUAGAAAUCGUAGUAGUAGGCACUGCGGCCGCAGACACAGGCACCCCCAGCGACGAAGGUGCAGGAAGAUCAGGCUCCAGGACGGCGAAACUAUUCGUUGUUUGUAUCCCGCUCCGGGCCUCUCGUUGGGAGUGUAGACUGCUUUGCGGGAGGUCGCUGUCUUCGGUUUCCACGGCUCGUGACAUGCGACCAUCGUUGAUUGCCUUUCUCCUCAUGCUGUGCUCCUUCGACGGCGCUAUCAGAUGGUGUAGCUCCGGGCAACACCGGCCAGUCGGAUAACGACAAACGACAAGGCGGAGAUGCAUCCAACAAGCGCGAACGCCGUCCAGCCACCGGCGUAGAAAAUGUUAACAUUCCACUCUGCAUUUUCCCCCAGUUUCUUACGUAGGCUGGCGACCUGCGUAAAUGAAGGAAGCCACCUCAAGGCUAUAAUCCUCUGUAAAUUAACAAUUGCCGCAUUGGAACUCCGAGUGAUCCGGUUUGUCCCGAAACAAAGCAUAAUAGAUACAGCGCUGGAACCGUUCAUUUAGUUCUCCAGUCAAACAGGGCUCCAUUGCAAAACUCAUCUGGUACCAACUUCGUUAGCUUGAUGGCUAGCAGCUUAGCGUCUCUAUGGUAUCAAAUCAAAUGUUAUUUGCCACAUGCGCCGAAUACAACAGGUGUAGACCUCACAGUGAAAUGCUUACUUACAAGCCCUAAACCAACAAUGCAGUUUUUAAGAAUAGGGAAAAAAAAGUGUUAGGUAAAAAAUAGCAAAUAAUUAAAGAGCAGCAGUAAAAUAAAAUAACAGUAGGGAGGCUAUAUACAGGGGGUACCGGUACAGAGUCUAUGUGCAGGGGCACUGGUUUGUCGAGGUAAUAUGUACAUGUGGGUAGAGUUAAAGUGACUAUGCAUAAAUAAUAAACAGAGUAGCAGCAGCGUAAAAAGGAUGGGGUGGGGGGGGCAAUGCAAAUAGUCCGGGUAGCCAUGAUUAGCUGUUCAGGAGUCUUAUGGCUUGGGGGUAGAAGCAGUUAAGAAGCCUUUUAGACCUAGACUUGGCGCUCCGGUACCGCUUGCCAUGCGGUAGCAGAGAGAAAAGUCUAUGACUAGGGUGGCUGAAGUGUUUGACCAUUUUUAGGGCCUUCCUCUGACACCGCCUGGUAUAGAGGUCCUGGAUGGCAGGAAGCUUGGCCCCUGUAAUGUACUGGGCCGUACGCACUACCCUCUCUAGUGCCUUGCAGUCGGAGGCCGAGCAGUUGCCGUACCAGGUGGUGAUGCAACAAGUCAGGAUGCUCUCGAUGGUGCAGCUGUAUAACUUUUUGAGGAUCUGAGGACCCAUGCCAAAUAUUUUCAGUCUCCUGAGGGGGAAUAGGCUUUGUCGUACCUUCUUCACGACUGUCUUGGUUUGUUUGGACCAUGAUAGUUCGUUGGUGAUGUGGACACCAAGGAACUUGAAGCUCUCAACCUGCUCCACUACAGCCCUGUCGAUGAGAAUGGGGACGUGCUCAGUCCUCUCUUUUUUUCCUGUAGUCCACAAUCAUCUCCUUUGUCUUGGUCACGUUGAGGGAGAGAUUGUUAUCCUGGCACCACACGGCCAGGUCUCUGACCUCCUCCCUAUAGGCUGUCUCAUCGUUGUCGGUGAUCAGGCCUACCACUGUUGUGUCGUCGGCAAACUUAAUGAUGGUGUUGGAGUCGUGCCUUGCCUUGCAGUCAUGGGUGAACAGGGAGUACAGGAGGGGACUGAGCACGCACCCCUGAGGGGCCCCUGUGUUGAGGAUCAGCGUGGCAGACAGGGGCGGUGUGUUCAUUAGGGCGAUAUGGGCGACGCACUGCCAAACGGGAAAAGGAAGGGAUUUUUUUUCUAAUCAAUUAUAUCACGGCAACAGUAGUUUUCAGUGUUCUAAUAUAGACGUCUGAUCUGCCACUAAAUGUCCAAUCAGGCUAAAGUCGUGCUUCAAAUGGCCCCGCCCCUUUUGGGGCGAUUUCAGUCAGGUUGAAAAUCGCCCAGGAGUCUCUCAUAGACUAUCAUGUAAAAUAUUUUUUUUUUAUACAAUCUCUAUGGGUUCCGGGAGGGCUUGCACUUACGCGCUUUCGUCAUACGUAACAUAAGUAACCAUGAACAUAACUAAGAAAAGAGCGGGUAGCAGCGUCAAUCAAUUCACGUACAACUGUCAAGAUGGCUAGCUUUGCGAGGCAAAGAUGAAACUGAGGGCUCCACCAACCCUGGUAUUUUUCUUGGACUUGUCAACUUUGUGGCACAAUUAGAUGAGGUGUUUGAUGACCAUCUUAAAAAUGCUAAAGUUUUCAAGGGCACAUCAAAGACCAUUCAAAACGAGCUACUGGAGUGUAUGCUAGCGGUCAUGAGGGAACAUAUUGUGGAGGAGGUGAAGUCGGCGAACUUCGUAGCUAUCCAAGCUGACGAGACCACGGACGUUUCUACACAGACACAGCUGGUGCUUGUGCUGAGGUACAUAGAUAGCAACCACAAAGUGCAGGAGCGCUUUUUUGAGUUCCUUCCCAUCUCGGAAUCAACCUCAGUCUCAAUCGCCAGUGUGCUUUUGGAGAGACUGAACGGUCUUUUUGCCGACGACGAGAAAGUCAAACUCAUUGCGCAAGCUUACGAUGGAGCCAGUGUGAUGAGGUGAGAGAAGGCUGGUGUGCAGCAAAAGGUGCGUGAUCAUUUCAAGAAUGCCCAUUACGUGCAUUGCUAUGCGCAUCAGCUGAAUUUGAUCAUGCAGCAAGCUAGAACAGUUUCAGUACAAGUAAUGUAGCCUCUCUCUCUCUUUGUCCCUCCCUGUCUGUCUCUUUAACACACACACGCCCAAAUCAGUUCACAGUUGAUGUUGUUUAAAAUAGUUAUUUUUCAUUUUUAAAAAAGUUUUAAAAAAAAUAAUAAUAAUUCUGUUCAUGUUCAUUUUUACAAAUCUAUACAAUUGGCCAGAAUAUGGUUGUUCAUAUUUACAAAUCUAUACAAUUGGCCAGAAUAUGGUUGUUCAUUUUUACAAAGCCAUACAGAUAGCUGUGUUUACCUUUUCUAGAAAUUAUUUUCAAAUUCUGUUUUCAGGCAAAAUGUCUAUCACUGUUCAUUUUCACAAAUCUAUACAAGAGGGCAGAAUAUGGAAGUCUAUAAAAAUUUCUUAUUACCAAUAACUUGCAUCAAUGUUUUCAGUAGCCUCUAUCAAAAGCUCCUGCUUGCUUGUUGUGAAUUAUGCUCAGGUGCACAUAUUUCCAAUUCAACCAUGAGGCCUUUUUGAAGCAAGUAAUGUGUAUAUCAGUAUUGACUUAUAUGCUGCCCCUGUCUUCAUGUUGUUGCUGGACAUAUCUUUUUUAAAUGUGUGUAGGUCACCUAAAUCAUCAGAAAAAUUGCCCCCCCUGAGAAUUUUUUCAGGAGCCGCCACUGGUGGCAGAUGUGUUGUUACCUACCCUUAGCACCUGGGGGCGGCCCGUCAGGAAGUCCAGGAUACAGUUGCAGAGGGAGGUGUUUAGUCCCAGGGUCCUUAGCUUAGUGAUGAGCUUUGAGGGCACUAUGGUGUUGAACGCUGAGCUGUAGUCAAUGAAUAGCAUUCUCACGUAGGUGUUCCUCUUGUCCAGGUGGGAAAGGCAGUGUGGAGUGCAAUAGUGAUUGUAUCAUCUGUGGAUCUGUUGGGGCGGUAUGCAAAUUGGAGUGGGUUUAGGGUUUCUGGGAUAAUGGUGUUGACGUGAGCCAUGAACUGCCUUUCAAAGCACUUCAUGGCUACAGACGUGAGUGCUACGGGUCGGUAGUCAUUUAGGCAGGUUAUCUUAGUGUUCUUGGGCACAGGGACUAUGGUGGUCUGCUUGAAGCAUGUUGGUAUUACAGACUCAGUCAGGGACAUGUUGAAAAUGUCUGAAGACACUUGCCAGUUGGUCAGCGCAUGCUCAGAGUAUACGUCCUGGUAAUCCGUCUUGCCCUGCGGCCUUGUGAAUGUUGACCUGCUUAAAGGUUUUACUCUGCAACAGAGAGCGUGAUCACAGUCAUCCGGAACAGCUGAUGCUCUCAUGUAUGCUUCAGUGUUGCUUGCCUCAAAACUUUUGCCUUCUGUCCUCUUACUCCUUUUCCACAUUUCCCUUUUUCUCUCCCUCUUCAUUCUCCUUUUCCUCCUAUUACAAUCCCCCCCCCCACCCCCCGUUACUCUAAUUUUCUCUCUACCAUCUUUGUUUUCCUCAUUCCUUUAUUUUCUCUGUCUUUUUAAAGCCGUUUGUUUUCCUCCCACACUGUUCUUACUUGACUCUGAUCUCUUGCCCCGCCCCGCCCCGCCCCACCCAACUCCCACACCCCUAUCUGUUCCGUUUGUCCUUCUCUAUCUUUCUCUCUCUCUCUCUCUCCCUCUCCCUCCUGCCCUCCCUCGAUCUCCCCCUCCUGUUCUUUUUCUGUCCCACCCGUCCACAGGAGAAGGUAACAGUGAUGAGCACCAUCAACCCCACUAAGGAGCUGCUAGCUGACAUGGUGGGCAGUCAGCGUCUGCCCGAGGACCAGCGCAAGAAGGUGGCCCAGCUCAAGGACCUGCUGGACCAGACCCUGAUGCUGGACCCGGCCAAGAGGAUCAGCAUCAACCAGGCCCUGCAGCACCCCUACAUCCAGGAGAAGAUCUUCUGACCGCUUCCUACUGUACACAGUCACACAUUGAUUGCAGCAACCAGUACUGAGUUCUUAGUUUGACUAUGGU